GCCUUCUCCUCUCACUGCUUCAUAAAGAGAAGUAUUAUAAGGCAAUCUGAGAGAGAGAGAGAGGGGGCCCUUUCUCCCCCCUCUUCAGAAAUGCAUAUACACACCCUGACCCUCCACCCACAAGAGAACUCUGGUGAUAAUUCGCUUGGAAUAUCUCAUGUAAGGGGAGGGAAAAGAGGAGGAGAGAAAGAGGAGAGAGAAGGGUUUGUUUGCUCAGCCAACUCUCUCUCCCUCUCUCUUUAGUGGCUCCGGAUUUGCUUUUUCCUUAAUAUUUUGUUGAUGUUGUGGCAUUCUCCAGCUGGUUUGCGGUGACCUAACAGGAACAAGACGGAGGCGUUUGUGGGACCUCGGGUGAGUGGCUUUUCCUUUUGCCUGUCACUGAUUUUGGUGCCCUGAUUCAGUCGGAGGAGCCUUGAGAGCCAGCACAAUGCAACAUGAGAAAUUGUACUGGAGACAGCAAUGCUUUGGCCUAGGGAGAGUAGACUAACAGCGCAAUCCUAAGCCCCUCUGUGUUGAGGGGCCCCUCUGGCCCCAUCGGCAAUAUACAUUCAAAACAGCACCAUGCCACUUUAAACAGUCACGACUUCCCUGCAAAGAAUCCUGGGAGGUCUAGUUGUUGUGAGUGUUGUUAGGAGACCCCUAUUCCCCAACAUGCAUAGUUACAAUUUACAGAGUGAUUUAACAGUCAACGCCUGUUCCCAGGGAAUUCUGGGAAGUGCAGCUCCACGUGUGUCUAGGAUUGCAAGCUGAUAAAAUGAAUUGGCCUUGAGGGAACUCUAAGCAGGAUUUCCCCCCCUUUUUUUUACACUCCUUUCCACUGGGGAGCCCUAAGGAAAAUUGUGUUGGAGUAGGGAUGGAUGAGAAAUCUGAUUCAGUUCCCAUUUGAAGAUGAACCCACCAAAAUUUCACUUUCUGAAACAAUGUGCAAACUGAGACCCAGCCAUCUUCUGAAAUUCACACUUCUCUGAAUUUUCAGUGCAGUUCUGCAGCCAAGUAAUGCGUACCAAAAAAAUGCAUAUACUAGGGUUAAAAUGCACGUCAGUGGAAAACACCCGCAAAAAUGUGCUAUAUUAAGGAAAAUUGCUUUGCAAAAUUGUGUAUAUUGGGAGAAAUCCUCAUUUAAAAUGCUGGUGAAUAUUCACAAGGGCGAUUUAAAAAAAUCACACACUUAUGUGGAAAUGUGGAGAACUGAAUUUAAGGUUGGAAAAAUGGGGAGAAACUGAAAUGAACAGGCUCCCUCAUACCUAGCGAUGGAAAUGGAGAGGAACAGGGCAAUGAAGAAGUUGUAUGUGGGUGUGGAAGGACAGGCCAUGACAGGGUCAAGCAAUAUGAAUCACAGGCUGGAAAUGAAUUGUGAAACACUGUGGACUGAAGGCCCAGUGGUGUGUGUGUACAUGUAUGGAAAACAGGAGACCCGACUCCAAGAAUUUGUUUUCAUUUCACUGAGGUUGAGAAAUCACUGUGCUUCCCUGAAAACAAGCACCUUGGGGAAAACAUGGUUUGGUGCUUGGUGUUUGUGUGAGAGCCAGGCUAAUACCUCUGUGAAACAAAUCUAGGCUCCUUGAUACAUUCUUUUUAUUGCACAUCCAUAAUGAUUUAGUCUCGUGAUGUUAUUGGAGCGGUCAUACGCAAUACCAUUGGCACUUGCCAACGUUUUGGGGCAGGGAUACUGCUCCUUUCACACCUCUUGCCCCCAUGAUAGAGGGGACCCAGGGCCAUGGGAAAUCAGUGCAAUAUUUGUGCAUGCCUCACGGUGUGCAAGGACGACAUCAGCAUACACGUUUGUGCCCAUGUUUUUGCCCUCAAAUGAGCACACAUCAGCCCUGUGCUGGCCCACACAUGAGGCAAGGUGAGGCGACUGCCUUGGGUGGGCAGCAGAAUUCACGGGGCAGCAGAUUCCAAUGUAUAUCUUUAUUUCCCACCCCCUCUUGUUCCUGAUGUAGCUUUUCAUGCACCAAUUUUUUCCCUGGUGGAGAGGAGGAUGCCAUUCUGUGGCUUGCCUCAGGCACCCAAAUGUCUUGAGCAAGCCGUGCAUCAUCCCAUGCGGGGUUUAUUGCUGCAUAUAUCAAUUUGUCUGUAUGUGAGCCUGCAGCAGAUAAUUUAAAAGAGUUCCUAAAGGAAGUCCCUUAUCUAUUGACCUUAAUAUUGCUGCUGUGAGCACAGUUGUGCCACUCCUUCAACUAGCAAUUGCUGAUACAAGGUGUCAAACCUUGGACUUUACCUCUGGGGCUGUUCCUCAACCUGGCUUGGCAGGCCUAUUCUGAACACUGGCAAAGAGAGUUGCUUCCAUAGAGAUGUAGGCAGAGAUUAACUUGGCCAAAAGUCACUUGGGAUGAACUGCAAACGUCUCGAUUGUUUAGCAAAUUGACUCUCUCACCUGCGUAGGUGUGCAGCAGGACAGCCCACCCACCACAGGGAAUUAUGGGCAGUCCAGAGUGCACUGUUGAUGAUCCCUCAUCUCAACCAAUGCCAUCAUCUGAGCCAAUCAGUUUCUUAAGCUUAAGCCAAGAAAGAGUAUUCUCUAUAAGAUUGAAUAUCAAUAUACAUAUCAAGACUUUGAGAUUAGACUACUGAAGAAGCCCGGAAAACUAUCUUGGGAGUGUGGUACCUGAAGGCCCCAGUAAAAGGGCCCCAUCGGGGGCAAACAGCGGCCUUUUGAUUACUUGGACUGCCAGGGCAAAACAGGUGCAAAACGCCGGCACCCUGUCAUCUACAACUUUAUUGUCUACAACUUCAUUAACAUCUAUCUACAACUCCACUAGCAUCUCUCGGUAUUGUGAAUAACACCGAACUUACCUUUUGUUGGUAUCUUUAUGAACUUAUCUAAAAGACUGAGUUAAGCAUUUGAAAAAUCUAUUGGAACUAGACAUUGUAAGUUCAUCUUAGGUUGGUAGUUUGCAACUCUCUGCGGCUUUGUUUUUUUUUUUGUAUUUUUCUCAGAAGGUUGAUAAAGUAUGUAUAAUUAUUGUUCUGUGUAUGUUAAUCGCCAGCGUGUUGCAUGAGUCGCACUACAUCAUCUGAGACAGGGCUGUGCCAAACCAAACAUUUAGGAAUCCCAAGCAGCCUCCCCUUUUAAUGAAGCAGUUGGUGGCAGUGCUGGUGGUGGGGAACCCUGGUGUUAUAGCCAUAUCUCUGUUUAGAAGUAAUCCUCACCGAGUUAGAUGGGACCUACUCCCAUGUAAGUAUGUAUAGGACCACAGCAGCCAAAAAUGUAUUUGCUCUGGGCUUUGAUGAGCUAGGAUAAGAAUGGUUGCUAACUUGUUAAUAGAAUCAUAGAACCGUAGACUUGGAAGGGAACCCCAGGUGUGAUCUAGUCCAACCCCCUGCAAUGCAGGAAUUUCAAAUAAAGCAUUCAAGACAGAUGUCCAUCCAACCUCUGCUUUAAAAUCUCCAAGGAAGGAGAAUCCUUUAUAGUCAUCUCCACUGCGUUGGUAUAUCUUUUAUUCGAUUUUGUUGAUUUUAUUGCUGCAUGUAUGAACAGGAAUUGAAGGCAUGAGUGUGCUACUGUGCAAUCCUCUGCAUUUUUACUUAGGAGUAAAUCCUAUCGAGUUUGCUUACUCCAAGGUAAGUGUGCAUGGGAUUGAAGUUUUAAUUAAGGAUCCCAAAGUCCAAUCUGCAAACUCAAAAUGGAAGGUCCCCUGCCUUCCAUUUCAGAAAUGGUCAUUCUUUCUAGACUAGCUCUUAUAGUAUCCAUACAUAGUAUCCUUGGGGGGGAAAGGUGUUUUGCAAAAUUUCUGGAAAUGGGAAUGCAGAGUCCUCCCCUUAGGAGUCUAGUCUAAAGGCAGCAAUAUAUACUGCAUACAAACUCUUAUAAUGUAAACCUGAUACCCUUGUCUUAUACGGACAAACUUUGUGAAUGGACUGCUGUCUCUCUUUAAAAAAAAUUUAUACAGCCGAGGGAGACCCAAUUUGGAUUGGAAUGGUGGUGCUAUGGCUGCUGGAGGUGAGGAAAUGCAACACAUUUUUAAAAAAGGAUGAAAGAGGGUGCAGAUUUGAAUACAUUUUGCAUAUGCUAAUUUAUACCUAUAAAUGUGGAUUUAGGAACACACACACACACACACACACACACACACACUUAUAAAAUAAUCAGAAACAAAUGCAUCACACCAUACUGGGAAAGACUGUGACUAGAGGCACUUGCAGGCUUGCAAUUUUCAGGUGGGAUGCAUAAAAGGUAAAGGGACCCCUGACCAUUAGGUCCAGUGGCCAGUGGCGUAGCGUGGGUUGUCAGCACCCGGGGCAAGGCAAGUAAUUUGCGCCCCCUAACCUGUGGAUUUGCGCCCCCUAACCCUAACCCCCAGAAGUUGCUCCUGGUGCGGCCGGCCCCCCCUGCACCCCCCACACUAAGCCACUGCCAGUGGCAUAUGAUUCUGGGGUUGCGGUGCUCAUCUCGCUUUACUGGCCGAGGGAGCCGGCGUACAGCUUCCAGGUCAUGUGACCAGCAUGACUAAACCGCUUCUGGCGAACCAGAGCAGCGCACGGAAACCCGUUUACCUUCCCACCGGAGCGGUACCUAUUUAUCUAUUUGCACUUUGAUGUGCUUUUGAACUGCUAGGUUGGCAGGAGCAGGGACUGAGCAUUGGGAGCUCACCCCAUCCUGGAGAUUCGCACCACUGACCUUCUGAUCGGCAAGCCCUAGGCUGUGUGGUUUAACCCACAGCGCCACCCGCAUCCCUUGUGGGAUGCAUACAAACCAGCAAACUCAGGUUGCACAAUUAUAGUUGAAUGGGAGGUCCUGCAUUACCAGCCAACUUUCCUGAAAUUGCAGACUUUUUGCAGUAAAUAAAAUGAAGGGGGAAUGGAAAACGAGCAAGGUCCCAACCAAAGAAGAAUGGUAACUGAUGGAAUACGCACAGCUUGCAGAUUUAGCAUGUAGAAUAGGAGAACGUGAAGAGUGUAAGUUUAAAGAAGUCUGGAAAAUGUUUACUGAAUAUAUGGGUGAAAAUUGUGUUCAUUUAAAAAUGCUGGUAGCAUUGAGAUAAAUUCAACAGUGUAUAUAAGUUUUGAUGGAUGUAACGAUAGAUUACUGAAUGAUUUGGUUCAUGUAAAAUAUGCAGGGAUGUAUGAUAUGCAAAAUGAACCAUGGAAAGAGAAGAAGGGAAGUCAUUGAUUUAAGGUUGUUUAAAUGGUUAUUUUGAAAUGUAUAUUAGAAAAUUUAAUGAUUUUAUAUAUAUAUAUAUAUAUAUAUAUAUAUAUAUAUAUGGAACUGCACAUGCACACAUGCGCCUGCAGGCACAUGGAUCCCUACCUUUCCAUCUAGGCAUGCAAGAGGCAGGUUCCUAUUCCUGCACCAGCAAAAGGUGAACCAAAGCACAGACCAGAGGUGGAGAAAGGUGUAGCCUGGGGAGUGGGUAUGGGCUGGAGAGAGUCCUGAGGGCCAGUUAGAGAAGCCUUGAGGGCCACAUUUGACCUCCAGUUGGCUUGAGGUUCCCCAUGUUGUAGAUUGUGCAGGGAUUUCCAUCAGUUUGUCCAUUCCAAUUCCGAUUCUUGUCUACAGAGCUCAGCAAGCCCAGGUCCAUCCCUGUAGAGGCGCCAGUAAGGAAUGGCGCUGAUGAAUCCUACAAACAGAGAGACACAAUUCAGGCUUUAAUCAUUCUGGACAUAUGACUUGGGAGUGCUUUGCAAGCGUCAUGCCACAUUAUACGAAGCGCUUAAAAUAGUCUUCUUAGCAAUUUCAUAGUGGUCUGUGAAUUUUGCAAUGAUAAAUCGAUCUACAGAACUCCCCUUUCUCCUCUUGCCUUUAAAAAAAUAAGAUAUAGGAAGCUGACUUAUAACACAUUCUGGCCAAUAGGCUCAUCUAGCCCAGGGCUGUUUAUCCUGACUGGCUGCUGUUCUCCAGGAUUUCUCUGGCAGAAGUGAUUAAACCUUGGAUUUUGUACAUACUAAGUAUGUACUUUUGGGGAAAGUUGCAGGAACUUUGAAUUCUGAUUUCUGCAGUGGUAGGGAUUUUAUGAAAAAUUCUGAAUGGGGAAAUUUUCCAGUAGUUUUUGCUGAUGUAAACAACCCUGUACAAAUCUACAUAAGGUAGUUUGCACCAAAAAUGUUCCUGAUGCCCCAGAGAGGGAUCCAAUUUAGCACGUUUGCUUUACUUGCAUUUAUAUGCAGUAAACAAAGUCAAAAACUUUUGAAACUGCCAAGCUGGCUUAAUAUUAUAUUUGCACUUGGCACCCAUUCAUUUCUACUAACAAACUUAUUAAAUGGACAAAAAAGAAUUCUGCAGAAAAGAAUCUGCUCCGCAUCGCUGUAAGACCGUCAAGGUUUGUGCUUCAUCAGAACAAGUGUCUGAUUGAGUGUUCUCAUAAUGCAAGUAAAUAGUUAUAAAAACAGGUUGGCUAUGAAGAUAGGCUUUGUUUUCAUCCCUAAUAAGCAAAUAAAUUGAAGUUAGAUCUUCUGCUGUCUGCCCAUAAUGACAUUACUAAUAAGCGUUGUCCGAAGCACUGCUCUGCUUAAUGAUUUGCAUUUGGCAGACGCAAAUUGGAAUGCGGUGAAGACUGUGACAGUUCAGAACAGGUUCCAUUACAAAGCAUUGGCUUGCGUUCACUUGACAAGCCAUGGAGCUCUGACGAGAUGGAGGAGGCAUCUGCGCUGAACAGGCAUUUUCCUUAGCUGAUCAGCCAGAUGGCAUGUUUGCAACAGAUCUGGAUACAGCAGAUGACUCUCUUAGCAAUCUGAGGAUCUUGGAGAAGCAGGGUGGUGUGUGUGUGUGUGUGUUUGCAAACAGUGAAGCUGAUCCUCAGUGCAGCAGGUGGCAGGCCACCAGUGAAAAAGGACAAGGUGAAAAUAGGGUUCAUUGGGUCAGGGUCAUUAUACAGCAAGCAUAUCAGGUUUGCUGACACAUGCGAGGCACAGACAUGGGAAGGCAAUAUGGGAUAGGACAAGGAGGAGAAGAAGAGAAGAAGAGUUUGGAUUUGAUAUCCCGCUUUAUCACUACCCGAAGGAGUCUCAAAGCGGCUAACUUUCUCCUUUCCCUUCCUCCCCCACAACAAACACUCUGUGAGGUGAGUGGGGCUGAGAGACUUCAGAGAAGUGUGACUAGCCCAAGGUCACCCAGCAGCUGCAUGUGGAGGAGCGGGGAAGCGAACCCAGUUCACCAGAUUACGAGUCUACCGCUCUUAACCACUACACCACACUGGCUCUCACCACCCUUGAGAGGAGGGUGCAGGGCCUGGGAUGGAGGAGAGGAAACAGGAGUGAGGUAAAAAGGAGAGAAACACAAAUAGUUUUGUGUGUUGCCACCAUCCAGCUUCCUGUGGCGGCCCCUCCCUACAAUUGCUGCCGCAGGGAUUUCUGAGGGAGCAUCUUGCCCUGAGGAGAGAAGCAGAAACAACUUCAGGAGUCAGGCUUCCUGCUGCCUUAUAUAAAGUUUAAAAAGAAAAGAUGCUCAUUGUAAGGAACUUACACAAAGUGUCUUGUGAGUUCUGCCUAAAAAGUGGUAUAUAAAUAUCUGGAAUGAAUGAAAAAUGGUGCCUUGUAGGAAGGGUUAUUGUGUGCCUUGUGGUGGUGCUGUUGGGGUCGUCAAGAGAAACUGAAGUUUAUAAUCUUGUCUCACUGCAAUUUAUGUUAUGGUUAGGUAUUAGGGAUUUUUAAAAAUACAAGUUCAGAAUUUGAAUCACUGCAGUUCAAAAAUUCUGAGUUCAAAUUGCACAUAUAAACCACACUAUUUGAGUUUAGUCUUUGGAUUGAAUUAAAUAUUGGUGUGUUAUAAUUGUGCAGGUAGUAGGAUGCGCACUGGGUUUUUUUAUUUGCAAUGAUGAAUUUUCUUCAGGUUUUUAAUCGUAUACAAAAAUGACUUCACAGAUAUAAAUUAGCUUGCUUUUCACUAAUAUUGCUUUUACUGAUAGAUGAAAGUUCUCAAGGUUACUACCAGGGCAAGCCUAUAUUUGCCUAAGCUGUUGCGAAUUAGACUGAAGUGAUGCAAAGCUUCUGAGGAAUGGUUCAGCUAGAUAAGGAUUAUAGAAUCCGCUACUUCUGGUUAAACAGUUACAUUCAAAGUUUUAAAUUUUAGUUUCAUUUCAUUUUCUUUUCUUUCUUUCUUUCUUUCUUUCUUUCUUUCUUUCUUUCUUUCUUUCUUUCUCAAACUCUGGCCAUUGCUGAUUCACAUAGAUGUGAAGAAGUGGUUUUAGACCAGUGAGGGCUGUGGACUGAAUCCAAUGCAAGCCAUAAUUGGGGUAGACCCAUUGGAAUAACGGGCAUGACUUAGGUGUACUAUGAAUAGAGUAGAUACAACCCUGUAUCAUUUUCCCCACAGAGGUCCGCCUCAAGUAGCAAUUUCAGUAGUCUAUAUUUCUCAUUUUUCCAACCUUAAAUUCAGUUCUCUACAUUGCUGCAUAUAAUAAUAAUAAUAAUAAUAAAAUGUGUGUACCUGCUAUACCUGCAGGCCUCAGGUUGUUGUUAUUUUUUAAAAAGAUUCUCAUGAAAAUUCACCAGCAUUUUAGUGCAAAUUUCACUGAAUAAAUACAUUUUUGCAUGUGGUUUUGACUAAUGUACACAUUCUUUGCUGAUAAUUUCACCUAAAAUAAUGCACUUUUGGAUGUUAUUUUCAUGAAUAUAUUUAUUUUUAUGCCCAUCAUCUCUAAUAUAUGCAUUUUUAAAAUUUUUUUGAAGGAUGGCUGUGUUUUAGUUCUCAUGUUAUUUUGGAAAGUGCAGAUUCAAUAGAUUCGCCCUUAGAUGCAAAUUGGAUCCAAUUUCACCCCCCAGCCCCCCUUAUUUUCACUGGCUCACUCCUUGGUUCAUGCUCACCUUGGACAUAAGAAACUGUUUGGACAAAGCAAAGCAAAGCAAAGCAAAGCAAAGCAAAGCAAAGCAAAACAGCUUGAAAGGAAUCCUAUGAGAAUUCCCCAAGUCAUGUGACCUGCCUUCGCCUCUGCCAUCCCUUGCCCUUCAGAGCCAUGGAAAGCAAAGGACCUUGGGAUGCGGAAUCCAGUGGGAUUAUGGUUGUGCCAGCGGUAGAAGAAAAGCCAGAAGAGAGGAAGGAUGAGCUUGAGGACAGAGGACAGUGGACCAACAAAGUGGAGUUUCUACUGUCUGUGGCUGGAGAGAUCAUUGGUCUGGGCAAUGUAUGGAGAUUCCCUUAUCUCUGCUACAAGAACGGAGGUGGUAAGUGCACAGCAUCCAUAAUUUUUCUAGUGCCCUUUAUUUCAUUGUAGCCAUUGGUCAUCAGGAAACAAUAAAAAAAUAAUCGUAGCAGCGCAUUUUAAGCUUGCAAUACAGCAAGCCAUAUGCAAUAUGCAGACUAAACAUAAAAUUCACUAUAAAAUUUAUGACGUGCAAUGAAGAAACUAAUUAAAAAUAUAUCAGAUUAAAAAAAUGUCAUUAGAUAAUAUGGUCCCCUUAGCAGCUGCUAAUCAUAUUUUGUGCAGCAGAUUUAUUGCAAAGAGGACUAUUUUAUGAGCUAGAUAUUUGUCACAUGGUAGAUAACAGAUUUCCACAGCCUUGCACAAGAUAGUUUUUUUUCAGAAACUGUGCAAUCAUUUUUGUGUGUCAAAGAACUGUGAGCUCAGUUCACCCCCUCCCCAGUGGUGGCACCAGAAUUUUUUUGGGGGAGGAGGACACACAUAAGGGGCAUAAUAUAUCUCUAGGUGGAUUAGUUGUGUCCCACAUGAUCACUGAAAAAAAUAGUAGCAUAUGUUAUUGACAGGAGUCCAGCAAAGGGGAGGGGCCAGUGGGAGAGGUGAGCACCUUGCUUGGGUGGGUGCUUGCCUCCCUUGCCCCCUGUUGAGAGAGGGGGGAAGUAGCUGGGGGUGUUUUAGAACAGAGAAGAGGUAGUCAGCAUAAGGAUUCCACUUCCUCACUGCUUCUCUGCUCUCGAUUGUCACUGCUCUCCAUUUUGUAAAAACAAAAAAUGGUGAUGGAACUCUAAUACAGUCGUACCUUGGAAGUUGAACGGAAUCCAUUCCGGAAGUCCUUUUGACUUCCAAAAUAUUCAGAAACCAAAGUGCGGCUUCUGAUUGGCUGCAGGAAGCCCUGUCGGAUGUUCAGGUUCCCAAAAAUGUUCCCAAACCGGAACACUCACUUCCGGAUUUGCGGGGUUCGGGAGCCAAAACGUUUGAGAACUAAGCUGUUUGAAAACCAAGGUACGGCUCUUAAUGUGCAUUUGUGGAGGCAGCUAUUUUGCAAGAUCAUUAAUCCACCCCUGUGAAAAUAUCACUUUCCCCUCUUUUUAACAAAGGUGUUAAUAAUGAAUUUGCUUCAGCAUCUCUCUCUGCUCUCUUUCCCCACAGGUGCCUUCUUCAUCCCAUACCUCAUAUUCCUCUUUGCUUGUGGGAUCCCAGUAUUCUUGCUGGAGACAGCCCUUGGGCAGUAUACCGGUCAGGGUGGGAUCACUGCCUGGAGACGGAUCUGCCCUAUCUUUGAAGGCAAGUUGGUAGUACAAGGGAAGUCCUGGUAGCUUUCCGCCAAACACGCACUGUACUUUUUGAUCUAAUUCCCUCUGAGCUCCCCUGCUACAGGGCAUGGCUCAGAGCCAGCUGCCGUUGUACCUGUUCAGAACUGCAGUCUAAGUCAAAAGGGCGAGUCAUUCUGAAGUGUAGAUAUUGGAGGCAGAGCUGGUUCUCAAUACAGAGUCAAAAGGUGGUGGCAAAGGAGCAGCCAGAAGCAGAACAAGUUUAAAACUGCGGAGCCCCUGCCAAGGCAGGUGUGAAAGGGCAGAUAUUCAGAGGAGGAAGAAGCAGUGACGGCAACAAGGAACCACAAGUCUGCAAGUCUUUCUGCGUUUAAGAUAAAAACGUGAGCUCCCUGUUUGCAGCAGCAGUGAGGAGUUGAAGGGAGAGGUGAUUUCAUGCAAGGCGUUUAUGCUAGGAGUGGCAGGUUAUGCUGCAGAGAUACAAACUGAUCCUGUACAACAGGGAACCUCAUGCAAAGGGCCAAAAGUGGCCCUCCAGGUCUCUCUGCCCGGCCCUAGGAACUCUCCACAGGCCACACCCCUCAUGGCCAUUGCUUCACCCCCAAGUGGUUUUGCCUGCCUGGAAUGUGUCCCUGAAUUCUAGUAAUGUUUCUUGCUUGCCUGGAUGGAGGAUAGAGGGGUGUGUGUGUGUGUGUGUGUGUGUGUGUGUGAACUGUCUCUGAAAAUUUGCACAUCACUUGGGAAGACAGGCGAACUAAUACCGGCGUACUGGAAGAAGCAACGAUCACCAGUGUUGAAGCAAUGGUUCUUCAACAUCAACUUCGUUGGACUGGUCAUGUUGUGCGGUUGCCUGAUUAUCGUCUUCUAAAGCAACUACUCUAUUCCAGAUUUAAAAAUGGAAAGCGUAAUGCUGGUGGGUCAACAAAAGAGGUUUAAAGACUGUCUCAAGGCAAAUUUUUUAAAAUGUAGUAUAAACACCGACAAUUGGGAAACACUGGUCUGCGAGCGCUCCAGUUGGAGAACAGCCUUUACCAAAAGUGUAAUGGGCUUUGAAGACACUCGAACUCAGGACGCAAGGGAGAAACGUGCUAAGAGGAAGGCACACUUGGCUAAUCCACACCGUGAUCAACUCCCACUAGGGAACUAAUGUCCCCACUGUGGAAGGAUGUGUGGAUCCAGAAUUGGCCUCCACAGUCACUUACGAACUCACUGUUAAAACCAUGUUUAUGAAAGACAAUCUUACUCGGCUACGUGUGAUCGCCAAAGAAGUAGACUCUACAAAUAUGAAAUUUGCAUCCAUUGACGUGCCCACUGUGAAGCAAUGGUUAUGCCCUCCACAGGCAUGUGGAUCUCACCUGCCUUCAGACCAGAGUUGGGGAACUAGUGACCUUCUGGACGUUGCUGGACUCCAGUUCCCAUCAGCCCCUGUGAGCACGGCCUGGGAUGAUGGCAGUGACAUCUGGAGAUCCACAGCUUCCCCACCUCUGCUUCUGGCCAGUCUCUGAACUAUGUUUGGUCCUAUCAGUAACUGAAAACCUAGGUCUUUUUCAAUCACAGCUUGACAGGAAAUUUUGGCCCCUUUUUGUCUGUUUUUAACCAUCACCUUUAUCUCUCUCUCUCUCCCACUCAGGAAUUGGCUAUGCUUCCCAAGUCAUCGAAUCGUUCCUGAAUGUCUACUACAUCAUCAUAUUGGCUUGGGCCCUGUUCUACCUAUUUAACUCCUUCGCUGCUGUUCUACCCUGGGCCAGCUGCAGUAAUACCUGGAACACAGGUAUGACUCUGGCAAGAUGCCACCUCCUGCAUGGCUUUCUGAAGAAAUGGAAUUGUAGUUCUUACUUUGCUACAUAGGUUCAGGUGCAAGAUACGUUGGCACACGAAAUUAAAAAUGCAAAUCCUUUUUCUCACCCCGUUGCUGGUGAAAAUAUAAUAAGCAAUUGACAAUUUAAAGUAGCAAAAAAUAUUGGCAUUUGAAUAUUGUCAUUUCUGAUGUGACAUUUGUGUCCAUUUAUUCUUUUGCAUAGACUGACUGGUUAGUCCUAUGUAGGACAUUAUUGGCAGAUGAUAACAUAAACUGGGUUGUAUCCAAUGUUACUCAGAAUAGACUUAUGGAAAUUAAUGUACAUGGCUAACUUAGGCCCAUUAAUUUCAAUGGGUCUGUUCUGAGUUAGGACCUAGAUGGGCAGGUGAAUGAACCUCAGAUGUUGUGGUUGAUACUAUUGGAAGAAUUCAAAGGCUAUCCCAAAUCUGUUGGCUGAGGUUUCUCCAUCAUUCUCUGCCUAAGGUUAGGGAUGGCUCUGGACCAAGGCAACCUAGCGCUUGUGAGACGUCUUUGUCUUGUUUUUGAGAAGUUUUGAUACUGCCUAUUUUCUCUCUGAGCCCAAUCAAGAUGAUAGAGAUGUGGGGUGUACCUUUAUUUUUAUUUUUUUUAAAAAGACCUCAUGAUGUCUUGGAAAGAAAAACCCUUGUGUGAAGAGGUUGCUUACAAGGUUGUGGCUGUUUUAAUCUCAUGAGUGCAACUCCCAGAGAGUGGUUUUUGUUUUUGUUUUGCUUUUGGGGGUGUGGGGGAAAAAAGAGAGAGGAAAUACUCACUGCACAUUCUUCUCUUUGCUUUCCUCCUUAGAUAUGUUGUAGUCAAUUUUGUUCUGAGUAAAAAAAAAAAAGUCUAGUUCUUUUCCCUUAAAGCCUUUGUGUGCCUGGCUGGUUCCUGGCUUUGUGGACAGCCUUUCUGUGAGCUGAACAUGACCUUCUGAACUCAUGACUGAAAGGAUAAGAAUGUUGUACCACUGACCUCCUCACAUGGCAAUAAACACUGCAAACCCCCCUGCCUGCCUCUCUCUUUCAAGUCGCUGAAGAGACCAGAGUCUCAUGCAGUGGGGCUGUGAACUGUACCUUUGUACACUCAGCCUUUGCUUUAUUUCAUUUUAUUCAGAAUCCACAGGGCCCUGGAGAAGCAAGGCCAGAGGUUCCACCUGGCCUCUGAAUGCCUCUUGCCUUCUGUUACAGUCUUUUGCCUCUUUCUCUGCAGGCGGGAACAAGUGUAUCCAUGUUACAAAUCGCCAUUUUCCUUUUACUCAUACCAGGCAUUUAAUUUUUAAUGACAUCUUAAGGCUCUGAUCCCUGUUCCCAGUCUGGAGGUGGCCUUCCCUUCACAAAUUUCCAAGUAGGGCACCCACACCACAAGUUAACAGCAUUUCCAGCGCACAUCUGAAUAGCAUGUUGUUGUUGUUUAGUCAUUUAGUCAUGUCCGAUUCUUCGUGACCCCAUGGACCAGAGCACGCCAGGCACUCCUGUCUUCCACUGUCUCCCGCAGUUUGGUCAAACUCAUGCUGGUAGCUUCGAGAACACUAUCCAACCAUCUCGUCCUCUGUCAUCCCCUUCUCCUUGUGCCCUCAAUCUUUCCCAACAGCAGGGUCUUUUCCAGGGAGUCUUAUUUUCUCGUGAGGUGGCCAAAGUAUUGGAGCCUCAGCUUCACAAUCUGUCCUUCCAGUGAGCACUCAGGGAUGAUUUCCAAAUAAUAAUGGGAACUGUGGUUUGUUAAUGGUGCUGGGGAAUGGCAUCUCUGUGAAGGGGAAACUAUAGUUCCCAGAAUUCUUUGAGGGAGGGUAGUCAUGUGCUUUAAACUUGCUUUAAAUGUGUGAUGUGGAUCUGCCCAUAGUUUGUUAAUUUUAGACUCUUCAUGGUCCUCCCUUGGGGGGGGGGGGAGCAGGUGAAGAUUAUCUCUUUAUAAAUGCCCAUGGGUAAAACGUCACUUACUUUAAAAUGGAGUAAGCCAGCCCUGCUGCAUUUGGGGUCCUUCAUGCUCACGGUGCUGUGGUCUAAACCACUGAGCCUCUUGGGCUUGCCGAUCAGAAGGUCAGUGGUUUGAAUCCCCAUGACGGAGUGAGCUCCCGUUGCUCUGUCCCUGCUCCUGCCAACCUAGCAGUUUGAAAGCACGCCAGUGCAAGUAGAUAAAUAGGUACCACUGCAGCGGGAAGGUAAACAGCGUUUCCGUGUGCUCUGGUUUCCGUCACGGUGUUCCGUUGCACCAGAAGUGGUUUAGUCAAGCUGGCCACAUGACCCGGAAAGCUGUCUGUGGACAAACACCGGCUCCCUUGGCCUGAAAGUGAGAUGAGUGCGCAACCCCAUAGUCGCCUUUGACAGGACUUAACCAUCCAGGGGUGCUUUACCUUUUACUGUUGGAGGCAGUAUGCCUCUGAAUAUCUGAAUGGUUGCUGGGAUUGGAGGUGGGCAGAGUGUGAUGUGAAACUCAGGACCUUCUUUGCAGAUUUUCUGUGGGCUUCUGGUUUGCCACUGAGAGAAGAGGGUGAUGGACUAGGCUGGACUUUGGCUUGGCUCAGCAGGGCUAUUAUUAUUAUUAUUAUUAUUAUUAUUAUUAUUAUUAUUCCACCCAUUUGACAGGGUUGCCCCAGCCACUCUGGGCAGCUCCCAACAAAAUAUUAAAAACACGACAAAACAUCAAACAUUAAAAACUUUCCUGUACACUUUAGUUCUUAUCCCACCCUAGAGGCAUUACCAAAAGAGAGGACCCAUAUUUGAUUUUUAGAUUUAUAUAAAUCUGAAGAUUUAUAUACAUAGAGGCAAUUUUGAAAUUAUCACUUAAAAAUGAAUGCAACACACCCAAUGCUUUUGGGGGUAUUUUUUUUUUAAAAAAGAGAGGUGCUGUAUUGGUGUGUGUGCCAGAACACAAUGGCUGUCAAGGGCAACAAAGAAAGAGGUGAUGGUCCUCUGUGCUGAUUUGUACCACCACCCAAAAAAAACAAAAAACAAAAAAACAAAAAAACCAACCACUGCAUGAAUUUCCCACAAUAUUGGGAAAGAAAGUGACCAAGUGUCUUGGGCGACUGCUCAGUCUGCUGUCCAGGCACUAAGUGUUGAUGGGCAAUGUCAAAGUCCUGACUGCUCUCUCUUCUUGUGGUUCUUCUGCACCUUUAGCAUGGACAUCUCUUCAGAUAGAGAGAGGGCUCCUUCAAACAGAGAUCUGCCCUUUCUAAAAGUAAGACACAGAGCCACCCUAUGAGAGAGAGAGUGAGAGUGUGUGUGUGUGAGUGUAGGGGGCGGUAUUGACACCUGCCCCAUGGUCUUGCCUUGAUGGCACCACUGCAAGAAAGGUUCAGUCCUGCUUCUCCAAAUGAUCGAGAAGCGAGGACGUUUUCUUGUGAAUGUCUUUCCUUCCAAAAAUAUGAUGAUGAUGAUUGCUUUAUGUUCAACAUUUGCUAAUUCCUGCUCCUUUUCUUGCAUUUCCUCUUGGGGCUUUCAUUACUCAUUUAAAAUACGUUGUUAGCUUCUAUCACCACCACUGCUAGAUGCUCUGCGACUUACUUCCCUCUCCAGGAAUUUCACCAAUAAACUUCUCUCUCUCUCGCAGCUCCUCCCCACCAUGUGUAAGUGAGGGUGGACUUGAAUGAAUCCAAAGCGAUGACAGAAGGCGAGUGUGGGGGGGAAAGGAGGAGGGGAAACAGGAGUUUGUAUCUGUGUUGCUCAGUAAUAACUUGCAUACCACAAACAUCUGGAUUCUGUAUAAAUAAGGAGCUGCCAUUUCCUUCUGAAACUCUGGGCAGGGGAGGGUUCCGGUCAAAGUCAGGCCAGAAUGUUGUUGGAGCACUGCAGACUCUCACCCAAUUGCUUUCCCCUUUUCCACAGCUCUUUGUGUGGACUUUCUGAACAGCUCAAGUUUGGAGGACAAUAUCAUGCCAGCUAACGCCACCUCUCCAGCCAUUGAGUUCUGGGAGUAUGUAUUCAGAUUUUUCUGAUUCCUUUCCCCCCACAGUAUAAUUUAAAGGCAGGAGACUUUUGAAUGUGGCCUCUGAAUGUUCCAGCAAAAGGAAGUUACAAGGAGUAUGCACAGAACCUCAUGAGUUUAUUGACAGGGGCACGAAAAAAAGCCAGGGAUUGGACAAGGAUGUGAACAUUUGUAUGCCUCAAGUUCUGUGCAAGAUAAAAAGGCUAAAUGUCCACUGUCCAAAGGAGGGGAAACCAUGCAAUGUGAUGAGCGGGGAGGGGAAGUCUGUGGAAAGAGGGCGAUGGCCAUUGCUCAAGAUAAUAAGAUAAAUUGAAACCAAGUACAAAGAUCAAAUGGAGGAAGAUGAAGGAAAGUCGUUUAGCAUUGGCACUGUAAGUGAUGGGUUCUAAAGGAAACCGACUAUAUGGGGGUAUAAGCAAAAAUAAUCAGGAAGGGGCUGAAGUUGGCUAAUAGUGAAAUGUCAGGCUUGGGACAUCACCCUGUAUCUCGUCUUUUAAUCUGCACUGGCAGGAGGAGAGUCUUGGGAAUAACGGAUGGGAUACAUAAUCUGGGCACCGUGAGGUGGGAACUGGCUCUCUGUCUCCUGCUGGCCUGGAUCAUCUGCUACUUCUGCAUCUGGAAAGGAGUCAAGUCCACUGGCAAAGUAGGAGCAGCUGUGUGCUUUUCACUUCCUAAAAUGUAUUGAUCUGACCUGUCAGGUUCCCUGUGUCAAAGGAGGAGCAGAAAGGAAGAGGGAGGAGACCCAAGGGUCAAUUUCUUUCUUUCUUUCUUUCUUUCUUUCUUUCUUUCUUUCUUUCUUUCUUUCUUCCUUCCUUCCUUCCUUCCUUCCUUCCUUCCUUCCUUCCUUCCUUCCUUCCUUCUUCUCCCUCUCUCUCUCCGAUAAUAUUUUUUUAUUAGUUUUCAAUUGCAAUAAUCCAAUAAUAGCCUCAUUAUACAUAGCUGUCAACUUUCCUCUUUUCUUGCGAGGAAUCCUAUUUGGAAUAAGGGAAUUUCCCUUAAAAAACGGGAAACGUUGCCAGCUAUGUCAUUAUAACAAUGCCAAAUUAUAAUACAAUUACUAAUACCAAAGGUUCAGAUGCCAAAUUAUGUAAUUUAGGUGCCCCCCAUGCUAGAAUUGAUGGUUUGAUGAUUUACUUUAUUUUAGCGUUCCAAAAUCUUAUUAAUUUCAAUUGCACUCCAGUCAAAAUAGCAAUCCCUUAUACAACAACUGCAAUAUUAACAACUUCUAUUCGUAUAGACACAUUAAAUGAUUUAUAAAUCAACAGGUGAAGCAUUCAAACUAUAUCCUUGUUCUUCCUGUGUGUGGCAAUUAUUCUGUCCAUGAUGUUUCUUUCUGUCCUGGUUGCUGUUGUUCUCCUUCAUGCCUUGGGUGGAGCUAAUAUCCCGUUGUUGUUUCAGACAUUCUCCAUUGCUCUGUCCCGUGCUUGAUUGUUCUGCAACUUCAACAGCAGCUGCAAAAAUCACAGUGUCCCAAUAAAUAACCUGUUUUUGGCAUUUCCCCCCUCUCAGCCUGGGAAGGAGAGUGAUCUGCAAAUAACUCAGUAAUGACCUGAUCAACUCCUUGGCAAGCUCGCAGAUUCCUUUCAUCUCUCCGUUCAGCCGAAGAUAAACCCGAGGGUCAAUUUCAGGUAGCAUCACCUACCGUGUGUGGUGAUGUUAUGGCAAGGUGCAUUCCAGCAUCCUUGGCUCACAGCAUGCUCAUGUUGGAGGCAGGGAAAUGUGCAGUGCUCUGUCACCCAAGGAUGCUGGGUAAUUUCACACAUAAUAUUAGUUCACAUGUUAUGCUAAGCCAUGGUUUAGUGUAAAUGUGUGGGCUCUGGAAGAGGAGAUGGCAGGUGCUUUGCUUCUGCCUGGUGGUUCUACUACAGAGCUGAGCUAAGCCAUGGGUUGGUUUAGAGAGUUGUCUGAAACCAGGCUUGUGAUUUAGCUCUCUCUAGACUAACCAAGGUUUGUCUGAUGGAUUAUGUCUUGUAAUCUGAAACCAUGAGCCGUAGUUUAGUGCAGUGCAGUGCAGUGAAGCAAAGCAGCUGAAUGACUGAGGAAAAGCAAAGCAGCCACCUUCUCCUGAUCCAGAAGCCUAUGCACAUUCACACUAAACCAUGGCUUGGCUUAGAGUGAUAUGUGAACAUAGUUAUUUUGCUUGAGUUGAUUGGCAGUUCUGACUGCCAAUGAGACGUCCCUAAAUUGUUGAUUUAAAGCAGAGUCCAGCGGAAGGAUGAGGAAUACGUGCUGCAUACUCUAUAUUGCUUUAUUUACAGUUCAAAGCUGGUAUAUUACAGAAAGACAUCUUGCCUCUGCCGGAGCAGAAAAAUGCAUCCUCUCUCCUCAACAGCUCGGAGAGAAUCACACAGUGAAAAACAGGAAACCAGUGUACGUCACAUCCAGUCUCCCUUUCCCGUGAGAAACUCCAACAGUACAGACUGUGGAAUGUAAACACCUGUCUCGUGACAAGCAGAGCUGCACAGUGAAGGAAAGCAGAAACCAACAUCCUCCCCUUUCUGUGAACAUCACUGGGCAGCGUGUUUGCACAAUAUCAGUACAAACCCAACUUCUGCACAUAGGUACAGUGUUGAUCCUCGAUACAAUCUUGGACAAUACAUCAGCAGGAAUUUCAUUACCUGGCAUAUAGGACACCGUUACGAGUCCCUUCUGAAUACAUUCCCUAGCAUGCUGCAACUUUAAUUGCAAGUGCUUUGUGCUUUGCUUACAACCUUCAGACUUCAGCAAAGCCAAACAUGCUUUGUUGUCCUGGUAAACCUGGAUUGGACAUUUGACAGGAAUUUUCAUAUCUUUGCACAAUUGUACUAACCAUUCACAAUCCUUAAGUGAAUAAGACAGUGCAUUCAGUUCGGCUUCACAAGUACUUAAGCUAACUGUUGUUUGCUUCUUGCAUGACCAAUCAAACAGACUCUGAUUGUACAUGUAGCAAACUCCAGACGUACUUUUCCUGUCUGUAGCGUCACUUCCAAAACUUGCAUCUGCAAAUAUCUCAAGACCACCAGACUUCUGAUUGUUAAAUCUCAGUCUGUAAUGCAUAGUGCCUUUCAAAUACCGCGCUAUGCGUUUCAGAGCUUUCCAAUCCUUGACACUAGGAUUGUUGACUUGUCUGCUUAGCAAAUUACAGCUAACAGCAAUGUCUGGUCUUGAACAUCUGGCAAUGAAGUUUAGCUUGCCUAGCACACUCCUGUACAGUGUAGUGUCAGAAAAUGCUUCUUCAGUGUCAUCUACCUGAUAACCUGUUGUCAUCGGUGUGUUUACAGGGUUAGCAUCCAUCAGAUUUAGUUUGCUUAACACAUCAGCAAUUUUCCGUGACUGGUGUACUAGAAUGUUACCAUCUUGAUCUUUCUCUAUUUCCAGAGAUAGGUAGUUGUUUACCUCACCAAGAUCUUUCAUGUCAAAGUGCUCUUUCAGUUGAGCUAGGGCGCUAUUGUACAUUGCAACAUCUUUCCAAAAGAAUAAUAAAUCAUCAACAUAAAACAAACAGUACAGUUUCUUUUGCCCCUCCUCUUUGACAAAUACACAUGGAUCAGCUUUCCCUUGCUGAAAACCUAGAGAAAACAAUACUUCAGUGAGUUUUGUGUGCCAACACCGUGCACUUUGUUUGAGACCAUAAAGGGAUUUCUUCAGAGCACAAACAAAUCCCUGUUUUACCUGUACGCCAUCAGGUGGAAGCAUAUAAAGUGAUUCAUCUAGAGAUCCGUACAGAAAAGCUGUAUUAAUAUCAUGGUGACUAAUGUGUAGAUUUUCCUCUGCAGCUAGCUUGAGCAUAAGCCUAAUGCUUUCAUAUCUCACUGUGGGUGAAUAGGUCUCGUGAUAGUCUUCACCUGGUACCUGUGCAAAAUCUCUGGCUACCAAUCUGGCUUUGUGUCUGACUAUCUUGCCAUUUUGAUCUGUCUUCGCUUUGAAGACCCAUUUGCUUCCAAGCAGUUUCAUUCCUGGAACUACUGGAACUAGCUCCCAUGUUUUGUUCCUUUUUAAGGAAUCAAGCUCAGCCUUCAUGGCAUUAAGCCAAGGCUCAGCUUCCUUUGUAUCCAAACUCUGGAUUUCUUGGAAACUUGAAGGUUCAAAUACCUUCUUGGAGCUUUUAACAGCUGUUACUGCUAUCGUAGCAAACUCAUCAGCAAAUCUCUUUGGAGGUUUGCCUUUUGUGGCUCUCUGUGACCUACGAAUCAGCCUUAAGUCUUCAACACUCUCCUCUUCCUUCUUAGGAGAAAAACGACCUAUUGUAAACAAUGGUUCCUCCAAUUCUUGAUCAGAGCUUUCAGAGGGUCGCAUAGAGGCUUUCGCACUCUUGAAAUCCUCUGAAUCACCCGAUUCAGUUUCAGAUUCAGACUCAGAACCUUCAUCAGUGGGUGUGGGUUGUUGUGGUUGCUUUUGACUAUCCUCAGUCUCAUCACCGUCAUCAGGAUAACAUUGGAAAAUUCCCACAUUCUCCCCCACUUUGCAUUGUACUCGACACUUCUCGUGAGCUUAAUUGUCUUAGAGUCAGUCAUCAUUAUUCUGUAAGACCCUUUCUGAUAACCUAGAAAGAUACCAUGCAAUCCACGCUUGUCUAACUUGGAGUUUUGUGGUGAGCAAACCCACAUGUCAGAACCAAAAAUCUUCAUGUGUUUGAUGUAUGGCUUCUUGCCAAACAUCUUCUCAUAGAGAGUACAACCAAUCGCUGAAGAUAACCUGCGAUUGUAACUGUAAACAAAACACGAGAGAGAUUCGGCCCAAUAACUCUCUGGAAGAUUGGCAUCAUGCAGCAAGGUUUUUAAUCCUUGAAGCAAUGUCUGAUUUGCCCGUUCCGCAAGUCCAUUCUGCCAUGGCGAGCGAGGACUAGACAAAUCGUGUUGAAUUCCUUUCUCAGUCAGAAAAGCUUCAAACUGCUGAGAAGUGAAUUCCCCCCCGCGAUCACUGAAAAGAGUCUUUAUCUUCUUACCAUGCACAUUUUCCAACCAAGCACAGAAUUCCUUGAACCUAGGAAAAGCCUCCGAUUUCUGCUUGAGAUUGUACACAAAAAUAUAUCUAGAAAAUGCAUCAAUGAGAACCAUGAAGUAUCUAUUUCCACCCAAAGAGGGCGCUAGUGGUCCAACCAAAUCAGCAUGAACAACCUGGUAUGGUUCUGUAGCUUUCCUACUAGACACCUUACCUUUCGCAGCCAUUUUCACCUUGUUUGCUGCGCAUGCUUUGCACUUCAUGUGGUACCUGCAGGGUUUAAUAGUCAUACCUUCAACCAAGGCAGGCAUUUUAGAUACUGCCUCAAAAUGCAAAUGACCAAAUUUUCGAUGAAAAUCGUGAAUACAUUCUGCAUGCAAACUUUUGUUAGAACCUGCAAUGCAACAAGUGUCAUCCUGCACCACAUCAUCAUAAUACAAAACAAACAAAUGAUCAACAUAUUCUGCAUGCAAUACAUAAUCAUUUUUCUUUGUGAUGAUGCACUUCUUGUUCUUGAAGGAAACGUCAAUGUUCCGCUCAUUCAGCUGUCCAACGCUGAGCAGAUUAUGUUUGGCGUCUGGCACGUAAAGCACAUUCUGUAUCGAUAAGUCCAAACUGUGAAGAACAACAGUUCCGUAGCCUUUACUGGGAAUAGUGUGGUCAUCCGCCUGGUGAAUCGCACCUUCCUGCGGUGUAAAAGACACAAACAGUCUCUUAUCGUUGCACAUGUGGUGGGUGGCCGCUGAAUCAACAACGAAGAAAGAUCUAGACGUCUUCUGGACCUCUGCAACCUUUGGAGUGAAGCGUGAAACCAUAGCCUUGUGCUGCGUUGUCCUAGACACCGGACCUUUGCCUUUGCCUCGGCCUUUUCCGCGCGAUGAGCUUUCGCUGCGCUGCUCUGUCUUGGCCCUGGGAUGUCUGCAUUCCCUCUUCAUAUGGCCUAGACGUCCACACGAGUAGCAUUUCACUGCCUUCAAAGCUUUGGCGCCAUCUGGUGGUUCCACUGCACUAUGGGAUGACGUCUGUGAAGACUCCCCUUGCCCAUGCAGCUAGCACCCCGGCGAUCUGCUUCAUUUAAAAUCACGGCAGUAACAAAGUCCACUGUCAGCUGAGCAGUUGGUUGCACAGCAAUCUGGGUUGCAACAGACUCCCAACCUGAACCCAAAGAUUGUAGUAUCAUGAAAGAAUACACAGCCUCUGGAAAGUUGAGUCCUCUCUGUUGCAGCUCAUGUCUCAGAUUUUGCAUCUUCAUCAGAUGUAAACGCACAUCUCCACCUUCAGCAAGAGCCAUAUUGUGCAGCUUGUUAAAAUAAAACAUAGUGGAUCCAGCUUCUGUCCUUAAGUGAGCCUCUUUCAGAGCGUCCCAAAUUUCUCUGGCUGAGGUCUUAUCACGCAAUAGACAGAGCUCUUCUGGGGAUACUAUCAAUGUAAGAGUUCCCCUUGCUUUGGAAUCCUUAGCUUCCCAUGCAUCUGUAACUGGAACUGGGGGGGUUCCUGUAAUCACCUCAAACAAACCCUCUUUCCGCAGAAUUGCCUCUGCAUACUGAACCCAGUCGGCAUAAUUUUUCUUGUUGAGCUUAGGAAUCCCACAAGCAUCCUGAAGGGCCAUCAUGACUCUGGCAUUAGCCUUCAGCGUCAUAUGCUGCUUUAAAUCUUGCUGCGUCACUGCUGCAGCUGCUUUAUUACAAAGCACACUUAAAGUUACUUUCGAUUUCCCCAGCAUAGUGACUGUGCCUGGGAGCCUUUUGCCUGUUCCCGGCAAAACCGGCUUUAAAGUUCAAAGUCCAGCCAUAAAGCCAUUAACUUGAAGCUGGCAGGCUGCCCGGAGCAGUAGCACAUACCUCAUCAAUCACUUCUACGCGCAGAGCAGAUUCCGUUCCGAUCUGUUCCCCUGCAUUCCGAUCCUCUGCCGGCACUCCGAUUCGACGUCUGGAGCCCAUAACCACGUGUUGAUUUAAAGCAGAGUCCAGCGGAAGGAUGAGGAAUACAUGCUGCAUACUCUAUAUUGCUUUAUUUACAGUUCAAAGCUGGUAUAUUACAGAAAGACAUCUUGCCUCUGCCGGAGCAGAAAAAUGCAUCCUCUCUCCUCAACAGCUCGGAGAGAAUCACACAGUGAAAAACAGGAAACCAGUGUACGUCACAUCCAGUCUCCCUUUCCCGUGAGAAACUCCAACAGUACAGACUGUGGAAUGUAAACACCUGUCUCGUGACAAGCAGAGCUGCACAGUGAAGGAAAGCAGAAACCAACAUAAAUGUCACCUGCUUUUAACAGCAGCAACAAUAGUUCUUUUUUGUUAAAAAAAAAGUUUUUGCUCAGCCCAAGAUAAAAUAAUCUGUUUUAGCACCUUUAAAACGCCCAGUGAAUUUAGUUGUUUCAUUGUUAUAAUAUUCCCAUAAUAUUGCUGUAACUGUCAUACCUUUCUUCAGGGUUAUGUAUGUUUAAGUACCUAGUACUAACCUUAUUAUUUCUAUAUUCCCCCUGCAUGGGUUGAUUGUGUCUUGGAUCUUAGUAUGUUGUAAAUAAGCUCCACUUUCUCAGAUUACCUUCCUUCUCUAACCCUGAUCACAGUCCUAAGUCCAGGAGGACUUUGUCUCUACAUCUCCAUUCUGCUUACCUGCAGGUGGUCUACUUCACUGCCACAUUUCCUUACCUGAUGUUGAUUGUUCUGCUGGUUCGAGGAGUCACUCUUCCUGGUGCAACCGAAGGGAUUCUGUUCUAUUUGAAGCCAGACAUUUCAAGACUAGCAGAUCCCCAGGUGAGUUUAUGGCUGAUUCUGAUCUGAUGGGCUUGAAUUUGGUGGCUAGAAAUCACAAGAUCUGAUUUUUCUUCUCCAUACCUACCUGAAGAACCAAAGAUCUAAGAACAUGAUUAAACCAGUAGAAUAAAAUGUCCACGCAAACAUAAAAUAUUACAUAUUAAAGAGGAUGGGGAAAAUCUGUCAGUUUCUCUCAGUUUCUCAUUUUUUCCCAUCUUAAGUUCAUAUUUCUGCAUCAGUUUGGAUAUAUUUUUAUUUUUAAAAAAGAAUCCUCAUGGACAAAAAUAUCUAGGUCAAACAGGGCAACCUUGCUCCCUCUAAAGCAGUUUUUAGCAUUCCACCUUAAAGGCAACAGCCCUUUCUAAAGGGCAGCAGAAGUUUACUCUAGCACGAGGACUGCUGUUUGCCAGAAUAUUUUAAAAUAUGGAUAUGUUAGGCCAUUGGCACUUAAGGCACAGCAAAUGCGGCUGCUUCUAUUAAAUAUUCAAUACCUGACAGAUGGCUUCACCGAGCCCUAAGUGAAAAUGAUUAAGAAAGAGAAAGAUAAUGUCUCUUCUAAUUUACUGGGAUCUGGCUUGAGUUUCUCAUGGAUAACGUCAGAAUUUCCCCAGAGAGGCCAGAGCUUCUAGCCAAAGAAAACCCCCUGAAAAAAUCACAUAGUUAUCAUCUCAACUGCAAGCAGUCAGGAAUAUUGGAAAUAUGGGAACUAUUUCUGCAUAGUUUGUGGUUCAACAGUUAUGAACAGGGUAGCUGGGUGCUUUAAAUUAUUUUUUUACAGAGGACAGUCCUCUAUUUGAAAGGCUGUUGGGUCCAAGACUGGUUUAAAGAUAAAAAAAUAAGAAGGAGGAGGCAGGGACCUUGAAGUUGGCCAUCAGCAGUUAACAUUCACACUGAGCAGGCAUAGAGGCCGCCAUCUUCUCACUGUAGUGAGAUGUGUUGCAUUGCUAUUGAAAUUAUAGUAACUGAGUUGUGAUCAACUAAGUCCUACUUGGAGAAGACCCACUGAAAUAAAUGCACCUAAGUGAGUCAGGGCAAUUGAUUUCAAUGGUUCUACUCUGAGUAGGACCAGCAUCACAUUCUUAUGCAAAUAUUAUAAAAUUCUUCUGCACUACUAUUUUUUGGGAGGGAUGGAUUUCCUCUAUUUUGGUGGUGCACAGAUGCAAUGCUUCUUUGUGAUUAUACCUGCUGGUACAGAGUACCAUCCACUUUUGUAGCCUUUUACUGUGCAGGUACCCACAGCACUUUGAUCAAGAUAUGGGCACUGGCAUCUCAUUAUUUUUUACCAAAAAAUAAAUAGAUCACUGUACAGUACAAGUGGCUACUCUAAAUAUGAAACUUGUGAUGGGCUAUCCAUUCCUGCUACAGGUUUACGUCCCAUUGCCAUUUUUUUUAAAAAAGAGGGUGUUUUGUGUCCUUUGUUUCUAAAGACAUUUCUACCAUGCUUUUUGGACACACGGGCUACCCAUACAUUGCUUACAUUUUGGGGGGUGGUGGUGGGAGAAUUGUCAUUAGCUCUCCUGUUGGCCCCGCGAUCACAUCACUGCUUGUUCUCAUGCAGAUAAUCAGCCACAUUGCCAACGUUGGGCAGGCAGCUCCACCAGACCCCACAUGCCACUGCGGAUAACUUAUAUCCUUAGCAAUAGAAAAUAAACAAUAAUAAAACUAAGGCAAGCUGAAAAUGCAACCCAGAAAGCAGAUUAAACAAAUAGUUUCAGCAGCCAAGAAAUGAAUGGAGAGCACAAGCAACCAAAUAAUGCUUGAAGCCAAGCAGUCAACAAAUCAGUAAAUGGGCACAACUAAAACAUAAAUAUAUCAGACAUGCUUCAUAAAUAUGGUAGUAUUAGCAAUUGUAGCAAUUAUUAGACAGCAAUGCAAAAUAUUUCGUAGAAACAGACUGCAGCUGGCAUCAUUUAGGGCCCUGCCCUCCUAGGCCACGUGGAAAUGAAUGAGACAGAAAAUGGGAGACCAACCCUUUCAAGACUCAAGGGUUUGUAUUUUAGUACCAACCUAUAUAACUCACAGGACGCGGGUGGCACUGUGGGUUAAACCACAGAGCCUAGGACUUGCCGAUCAGAAGGUCGGCAGUUCGAAUCCCAGCGACGGGGUGAGCUCCCAUUGUUUGGUUCCUGCUCCUGCCAACCUAGCAGUUUGAAAGCACGUCAAAGUGCAAGUAGAUAAAUAGGUACCGCUCCAGCGGGAAGGUAAACGGCAUUUCCAUGCGCUGCUCUGGUUCUCCAGAAGUGGCUUAGUCAUGCUGGCCACAUGACCCAGAAGCUGUACGCCAGCUCCCUUGGCCAAUAAAGCGAGAUGAGCACUGCAACCCCAGAGUCGGUCACGACUGGACCUAAUGGUCAGGGGUCCCUUUAUCUUUACCUUUAUAUAACUCACAUUUCUCGAACGGCUUAGUUGUUGAACAAAUCGGCUCCCGAAUGCUGCAAAUCCAGAAGUAAGUGUCCCAGUUUGCGAACGAUUUUCAGAAGCUGGACGUCUGACGCAGCUUCUGCUUGAGUGCAGGAAGCUCCUGCAGCCAAUUGGAUACUGUGCCUUGGUUUUUGAACGGUUUUGGGAGUCGAACGGACUCCCAGAACGGAUUAACUCCGAGAACCAAGAUACCACUGUAUAUGAAAAACAGUUAUCCUCUGAAUUUUUCACUUCCCUGAAGUUUGCAGUACUGUUCUCAACCUCAAAGUGUGCCCUAAAGUACAUAAUGAAAAUAAAGCACACAUACACACUACAUUGCAUUAGAGGAGGAAGUUUCCAGAAAUGCAUAUACUGUGCAAAUUGUAUACAAAAAAAAAUAAAUCACAUAUUAGGAGGAGAAUUCUGCACACAAAUGUGCAUGAAUUUUCUUGUGAAUGUUUCAUAGGAAAAUGUGCAAAUGCAGAAAUGGAGUAAACCAAGCAUAAAGUAGGGAAGAGAACAAAGUGAGAGAAACUGAAGUUGAGAGAUUCCUUUGUCCCUAUGCUCAGCUAAAUGUAUAGCAUGAUGGAAACGACAGGUGCAGCAUCUUCAUCUUUAGUCAUCUCAUUUAUACACCGCUUUAUAUGGUUGCUGUUUUUUUAAAAAAAACCUUAAACCAUCAAAUAAAACAUCCCAGAAUAAAACAUCACCAAAGAGAGUCGGAUAUAAAGUGUAUAUUCAAAGCAGCAUAAUAAACUGGAAACUAAAAUAUUAUCUUAAUUUCAAAAUAAAACAUUACAAAGGUCAAGAAUGCACAUUUAAUACAAGAAAGCUAAUAGGGCUUCUCCUACUCUGUUGCCAAAGCAGCAACUGUCACAUGGGCAUAAAAGACGUCACCUAAACAUGGCAGUUGACUCAGAUGCAGGAUUUGUGCCUUGCACCUCAAACGAUGCCCUGUCUGCCAGACUGUGAUUGUUUGCCUUCUGAAUCUAGACAUGAUUCCCCUUUGCUUUGCUCUAGGUAUGGAUGGACGCAGGCACUCAGAUCUUCUUCUCUUAUGCCAUCUGCCAGGGGUGCCUCAUAGCUUUGGGCAGCUACAACAAGUACAACAACAAUUGCUACAGGUAAGGAGAUGUUCCCCAAAAAAUCUCAGCUACUUUGACAAAAAGUAAACAAACAAAAAACUCAAAAACUUUGUUCAGAUUUUCACUUUGGGGAAUAUUGCAACUCUACUCAGCCAUGCUUCACUGUGAUCAGACUCCCUUGGGAUUCUGCAGCAAGCAGUUCCAAAUUCCAUGACUGGAGUAGAAUUUUUCGCCCCACCAAGGUUUUGGACAUGGGUUUUCCUCUACUCAUGAUGCUUCCUUUUGAGUUGUCCAAAUUAUUUCAGCGCACCCCACCCCCAAUAUGCUCAUCAUGAUUCAACCAAUCUCAUUCGCAGUGAGACUUGUGAGCCACUUGGAGAGUACCCUCCCCAUAAAAGUCCACGUAUAAUUUUGGUGCCAGUUAAAGGCUUGACUCUUUGCCUCUGCAUUUGCAGUGGUUAUCAUUUAGUUGAUAGUAGGUUAGCCUGUUCUGUUAUUUUAGCUGCUCUUAUUGUUUAUUGAUGAUUUAUUAUUGUUCCUUAUAUUGUUCUCUGUUUUGUACUGAGCUCUGGGAUCCACUGAGGUGAAGAGUAGACUACAAAGGCUCUUCAUAAGUAAUGUAAAUAAAGUAAUGACCUGGAUUAAUUUUGUGAGGACAUUAAGCUAACAAUUGCGUUUGGGGUGUGAGUUUUUUUGGACUGAUGGCCUGUGUGGUGUGUGUGUGUGUGUGUGUGUGUGUGUGUGUGUGUGAGAGAGAGAGAGAGAGAGAGAGAGAGAGAGAGAGAGAGGGAGUACACCCACACCCACACUUGCCAUAUAUUAAGUCAUAACACUGUUGACUAUGACGAGACUAGGAACCAUACUCCACGCUCCUCAGCAAAGGUGUCUUGGAGACCUAUCAGGAGAUGUGAGGGCUUGAUUGUAAGAUCUUCUGCCUUUCAGACUGUUUGCUCUGCUAAUGAGUACUGGUGGGUCCGGUGCUCAAAUUCUGGGAUAAAAGGUGGAGGGGGAGCUUUAAUUUAAUUUAAUGCACAAGCCCCACCUGGUGGUGCAAAGGACAGGAGCAUCCUCCAGUUGUAACCCACUCACCUUCGUUUUGCCCCGGCAGGGAUUGCUUUAUGCUCUGCUUCCUGAAUAGUGCCACCAGUUUUGUGGCUGGCUUUGCCAUCUUCUCCGUGUUGGGCUUCAUGGCGCACGAACAGGGUGUGCCCGUCUCAUAUGUGGCUGAAUCAGGUGAGCAUGCAGGGACUGCAACAAAGAGACUGGUGAAAUAUAAAGCAUGGCUUGGGGUCUUAAGAAUGGAACUAUGAACAGGAAGCUGCCAUAUACUGAGCCCAUUGGUCCAUCUAGCUCAGUAUUGUCCACAAUGACCAGCAGUGGCUCUCCAGGACUUCAAGCAGGGGGUAUUCCCAAUCCUACCUUGAAAUACUGGGGUUUGAACCCAGGACCUUUUGCAUGCAAAGCAGAUGUUCUACCACUGCGCUAUGGCCCUUCCCAAGCCUGAAGAGAUGCAUAAAAGUUAUCAGGACUACGGGUGGAAAACAUUUUUUAUUGCUUCUAAAACUGUUGAUGCUCUGAGUUUGUUCUUUAGCCAGAACCAGCUGACAUUACAUAUCAGGACAUAAACAGAGUGGAAUAAUGCAUAUCUUCAUGCCACUUCUCAGAGCCAAGAUUGCAUUCAUGCCCUGCAAAAAUUCCUAGAACAUGUGAACCAUUCUGUAUUAUUGUGCAAUACCUGGCUUUUCAUAUAGUAGCUCAGUUAUGGAUCAUUAUGAGAGCUAGUUAAAUCCACUGACUGAGACCAUCGAGACAAUGGGAAGACCCCACUCCACCAGGAAGCUCUAAACCUAACCUACUUCGUGGGGUUGUUAUGAAGGUAAAAUAGAUGUGGGGAGAAAUAAUAGACCCCCAACCUGAUGGGAUGGACUGAGCACGUUUAGAGGGUGUGGAAUCCAGACUGACUGUUGGGAACGAGAGGGCCAGAAUUGAGCGGAUGGGAUCCCAGAACCUGGAAGCUUUUGUUGUAGGUCCCACUACGACACUAAAGGAGGUUAAAAAAAAUUGCUAGAAAGGCCAGCAUAAAAUAUUAGAUUGAGCAUCUGGUUAGAAAGAUAAAGGGCACUGCGUUGUAUCCAAUAAAUUAUAUCCUGAGUAGACCCACUGAGUUCAAUGGACUUGGCUAACUUGAGUCCAUUGGUGUGAAUAGGUCUACUAUGAGUAUGACUUGGUUUGAUGCAACUGUUUGGGUGGAAUUCUGUGUAGCGCAAUUGUUCUAUCAACACAACCAUUAUAUGCUUGUCUGAUGGAAGAAUCUCUCCUUUCCUCCCACCUGUUCACUGUUCUGGGAUUUUGCCAAAUCCUCCAGAGCAGAUUUGGGGGGUGCACAGGGUGAAUGAGGGGAGGGAGCGGAAAGUCCUGUUCUGCUAGUGGAAGUCCUUGCACCAACUUCUGACAGCUGAAUGGGGUAGUUGAAUCUGGCCCUUUCCCUCCACCUUGUUGUACAUGGAAAGACACCUCAUGAUAGAUGUAGAUGUGUCUCUAUCAACCCAGUUUAUCUGUUGGGUUAGUGAAACAUCAGUUCACCUGUUUCUGCUCAAUUGGUAGGUCCUGGAUUAGCAUUUAUCGCCUACCCAAAAGCUGUCACCAUGAUGCCUGUGUCUCAGAUUUGGGCCUGCUUGUUCUUCCUUAUGCUGAUCUUCUUGGGACUGGACAGUCAAGUAUGGAAAAAUAUUUAUCAUUUUCCUGAGUUUGGGGGUGGUAUGUCUGUAAUAGUAUCUUGCGGGGGGGGGGGGGACCUACUAAAUGGUAUCUGGAAAAAAGGAGUGAGAAGAAUAAAUGAUAAGCAUUAAUUUGUUGUAUAGAUUAGUGAAAAGAUGUGGGAAGCUGUCACUUCGACCUGCAUCUGAUGUGCAUUAUUAAUUAAUUAACUGAUUAAUUAAUUAAUUAACUUUUUAUACUUCCCUUCAUCCAAAGAUCACAGGGAAGUUCACAACAUAAAAAUACACAAUACAUAAUAAAACAAACCACCACCAAUAACCCCCUCUCACAAACACAUUUAAAAGGCCAUAGAAUGUUAAUCAGCCAAAGGCCUGGUUAUAGAGAAAUGUUUUUGCCUGGAGUCUAAAGACAGGUAAUGAAGGUGCCAGGUGAGCCGUCACGAUCCACAGAUUUUGCUAACACAAAUGCAAACUUCCUUCUUGUUGCAUCCAUUCCCCCCCCCUCACCUUUUUGGUUUCCCAAAUGAAACGUCAUUUCUCAAGAUGUUUACAUGGUUAAAUAUUAUGAGGUGGGGAGAGAUAAUAAUAAUAAUAAUAAUAAUAAUAAUAAUAAUAAUAAUAAUAAUAAAUUAUUUCUACCCCGCCCAUCUGGCUGGGUUUCCCCAGCCACUCUGGGCGGCUUCCAACAAAAGAUUAAAAAUGCAUUAAAAACUUCCCUAAACAGGGCUGCCUUCAGAUGUCUUCUAAAUGUCAGAUAGUUAUUUAUUUUUUUGACAUCUGGUGGGAGGGCAUUCCACAGGGCAGGUGCCACUACCAAGAAGGCCCUCUGCCUGGUUCCCUGUAACUUCGCUUUUCUCAGUGAGGGAACCACCAGAAGGCUUUCAGCGCUGGACCUCAGUAUCCAGGCCGAACAAUGGGGGUGGAGACGCUCCUUCAGGUAUACUGGGCAAAGGCCAUUUAGGGCUUUAAAGGUCAGCACCAACACUUUGAAUUGUGCUCCGAAAUGUACUGGGAGCCAAUGUAGGUCUUUCAAGACUGGUGUUAUGUGGUCUCGGCGGCUGCUCCCAGUCACCAGUCUAGAGAAGAAAAAGCAGUUGAAUUGGCUAACAAAGGAUAUACUAACACGCAUCCAUUACAAUGCAUGGUGGCCACUAUUUACAGAUCUAUAGAUUUAUAGAUCUACACACACAGAGAGAAAUGACAGCCUAUCUAAUGCAUUACUGUCUAUGGUGACUGACACAGUCUUUCUAGGGUCUUGCAUGGAGGUAUCUUCUGAGCCUUUUAACUGGAGCUGCCAAGAAUUAACCGCGGGUCUUCUGCAUGCAGAAAAAAUGUUCUCCCAUUGCUGAGUUACAAACCCUCCCCAGGGGCAAGGGGAAGUUUUGGCUUCCAGCCACUUUGACUUGUGCCAAGGCAGUCAUGCACACACCCACGUGGAAGGAUUCAGGCCACUUGAGGCAUGCCAUUGCAAACAAUGAGUGUGGCAGGGUGGGGAUGGUUUCCAGCAAUGUAUCUCAAGUCCAGUCCUGCAUGUGCUGGGAGAUGUGCAUGACUGACUGGGUUAUGGCUACAAGAAGUUAUGACUAAGAGCAGGCAUAGGCAAACUCUGGCCCUCCAGAUGUUUGGGACUACAAUUCCCAUCAUCCCUGACCACUGGUCCUGUUAAGCUAGGGAUGAUGGGAAUUGUAGUCCCAAACAUCUGGAGGGUCGGAGUUUGCCUAUGCCUGGCUAAGAGUGAACACUGACAAGGAAAUUGGAGGAGAGGGAGGACCAAGGAAGGGGAGCUCUGGAACAUGGUAUUUCCUGAUAUGACUAUUUCUUCCAUAGUUUGUCUGUGUCGAGAGCUUGGUGACAGCCAUUGUUGACUUGUUCCCAGACAUCUUCCGUAAGAAAGGACGUCGGGAGGUGCUGAUCCUGGGCAUUGCAGUGAUCUGCUACUUGAUUGGCUUGCUACUAGUCACUGAGGUGAGAAGCAGAGCUCAGUGGGAGGGCAGAAGAAGCAUUUGGAAAUAACACCUGCCCCAACAACCACACAAUGGCAUACAAUCAUUAUUAUCCAGCACUCUAAGCUCACAUAAAUGGUUAGAAGACGCUGCAAUGCGAUUUGCAUUUCCAUAUGCUAUACAGUUGUAUCUUGAACGGAAUGUGUUCCGGGAGUCUGGUCGACUUCCAAAACGUUCGAAAACCGAAGCACAACUUCUGAUUGGCUGCGGUAAGCUCCUGCAUCCAGUUGGAAGCCGCACUGGAUGUUCAGCUUCCAGAAAUCAUUCAAAAACUGGAACACUCACUGGUUUCCAUUGUUCAAGAGCUGAUUUGUUCGGGAGCCAAGGCAUUUGAGAUCCAAGGUAUGACUGUAUAUGUCCUUUCCCCCAGGGACAGUCCAUGUCUUUUGGUGCCUGACCCAAAUAAAUCACUACCCCUCUUUUCUUCCUGGUUUUGUCUCUGGAGUGCCUUUUGAACCAGGGGUGGAGAACUAUUUUCAGCCUGAGAGCUGUGUUCCUUCAAAGGUCAUCUUCUGGAGGCAAAAGUGGGUGGAACAACAAAUACGAUUUUUAUCUUUGUACAUUAGGCUACAUAUCCAGCCACACAGAAGUUAUUGGUUUCUACAUGCAAACCCAUCCUCCACCAAGGCAAGCAAUCAAAAAAGCCCCCAAAGGCUCCAUUCAUUGUGAGAGGAGAGGCUGGGGACCUUGGUGAAGGUUUGAGAGUGCUUUGAUGCCAAUGGGUGUCACACUAGGGACCCCAGAGGUGUCCCCAUUUCCAUCUGUGAAAUGAUGGAGAAUAUGAGGAACAUCUGUACUAUGUGAGGAUUAAAAGUCUGUGCACCAAACCCCCAAAUGGCUCACCUUAGAGAACAUACAUGUACCAUCUGUGCAAGGAACCCAGAGCUGGCACCAAAGGUCAGCAUGGUCAGGCAUGUUAUCAGCAGCAGAAGAGCGUAGGAGUCCCGUUCCAUUUCCUCUUUCAGGCUCCUAUUCCAUGGAGUAUUGGGAACUUGCCCCAGAGGCACUUGGGUCAUUGCAUUUUCCAGGUGGAUGUGCACAGCAUCAAGUCCUUCCACCUUCUGGAAUUGCAAAAAUGUGUAGGCAUGCUGUGGAAUGUAGGAAAUGAGAAGGGCUGUGAUCCUCUUUCACUAAGACCUGUAAUCCAGGAAGGGGGAACCUUGUGCUCUCCAACUGUUGCUGGACUACAAUUCCCAGAAUCCUUAAGCACUGGCCAUGUGGGCUGGGGCUGAUGGGAGCUGGAGUCCACCCACAUCUGAAGGGCUACAGAUCCCUGCUGCAAGGCAUUUUGACAACACCCUGCCACAGUGAGGAGGCAUUUAGGUGGGUUUGCUUGACAGAUUUUUUUUAAUAGCAAGGUGAGUUCUUCUGUGCUUCUUAACACCAUACUAAUAUAGCUCACCGGUUUGUUGGCUUCUUCAGACAUUUUGCUCUGGUUGUUUGCAAAUGGUCUUCCUUUCCCCCUUUGUGCCUCUUGCAGGGUGGAAUGUACAUCUUCCAGCUGUUUGAUUAUUACGCAGCCAGUGGGACCUGCCUGCUCUUCCUCGCUAUCUUCGAAGUCGUCUGCAUUGGAUGGGUUUAUGGUAUGUAGAAGUUCUGGGAUUGGGGAGAAAUUUGGUUCGGGUUCACAUUUUAAGGCAUAUAUCCACAGUUUGCACUUCCUGAAAUGAUGUGUGAAUUGAGAUGCAUCUGUCCUUUGAAACUCACGCUUCGGUGAAUUUUGCAAUACACUUUUCCAUCCCCGAAAUGUGCACAAAAAUGCAUGUCUUAGUGAAAACAGCAUCUGAAAAGGGCCCUCCUUCUCUACUACAAGGAUCUUUCCCUCCAAUCAGCAGGAAGAGGGGAGGGGGGAAGUUUAAACUUUCUCUUCUCCUGAUCUCUCCUCUGCCAAUUAGCAGGAAACAGCUCAGCAGCAGAGAACAGGGUGCAAGGCUGAGUCUGUCUCCUGAGCUGUCCAGGCCAGGAAGAGAGCAAACCUGCAUUUCCUUUUUAAAAAUAAUAAUAAUAAUUUUUAUUAGUUUUCAAUUACAAUUCAAUAAUAGCCUCAUUAUAACAAUGCUAAUGUAUAAUGCAAUUAUUAAUACCAAUUGUUUGAGUACUGAAUGAUAUAAUUUAGAUAAAGUGGCCCCCUGCAUGCUAGAAUUGAUGGCUUGAUUAUUUGCUUUAUUUCUGCAUUCCAAAAUCUUAUUAAUUUCCAUAACCUUCCAGUCAUAAUAAUAAUCCUUUAUACAACAACUGCAAUAUUAAUAACUUCGGUUUGGGUUGAAACAUUAAAUGAUUUCUAAAACUACAAGUGAGAAACUCAAACUAUAUCCUUGUUCUUUCAGUUGUGUGGAAAUUAUUCUGUCCAUGGUGUUUCUUCCAGUCCUUGUAAGAUGUUACGUCUUUCUUUCCCCCGGUUGUUGCUUCCACACCCCAAGGUGUGCCCCUCGGGGCAGGUAGUUAUCACGUUCUUGACCUGCAUGACAACUGUAUUUCUCAGCACAUGCUUAUCUCAUUCAUGUGACAUAUUUAGGUGUACAUCUAAAAUAGGUUUAUUUGCUUUUCCUUCUGGUUAAUUUCAAUAUUUGACUGGUGUGUUCUCUUAUGCCAGUUGCCCAUCCUGAACUAUCCCAGUGUUAACAUCCCAGCAACUCCUUCUGCAAACGAGGGACUUGUUGGAAGACAAAUAAUAAUAAUAAUAAUAAUAAUAAUAAUAAUAAUAAUAAUAAUUUAUUAUUUAUACUCCGCCCAUCUGGUUGGGCCUCCCCAGCCACUCUGGGUGGCUUCCAACAGAAUAUUAAAAUACAAUAACCUAUUAAACAUUAAAAGCUUCCCUAAACAGGGCUGCCUUCAGAUGUUUUCUAAAAGUCUGGUAGUUGUUUUUCUCUUUGACAUCUGGUGGGAGGGCGUUCCACAGGGCGGGUGCCACUACCGAGAAGGCCCUCUGCCUUGGCUUCUCGCAGUGGGGGAACUGCCAGAACGCCCUCAGUGCUGGACCUCAGUGUCUGGGCAGAAUGAUGGGGUGGAGGCGCUCCUUUAGGUAUUGUUGUUGUUUAGUCGUUUAGUCGUGUCCGACUCUUCGUGACCCCAUGGACCAGAGCACGCCAGGCACUACUAUCUUCCACUACCUCCUGCAGUUUGGUCAGACUCAGUCCUUCAGGUAUACUGGACUCAUAGUUCUUUUGGUGACAGAACACUAUUUCUGGAAAGGCUUAGGAAGGAUCCCUUGACCUCCUGUGUGCAAGCUCACGUGCCUAAUUAUAUGCACUCCAUUCUAAAUCUCUUUCCUCCCCCAUCCCAAAACCUCACUCUAUGUUGGCAUGAAAUACCAUGUAGGUAAACGGGCAACUUGUGCCCAGGGAUUGUUGCUCCUCUUGCCCUCUCUGAACCCGAGGAUAUGUAGUUUGGCAGCCCAGAUCUGCUUUGCUUAUGCUGCAAAGGUUUACAGCAAACAUCGUAAAUAAAGACACAUGUUUCAGACUUGCCUGUUGGCAGCCAUGAUGGUGCCACCCACACAGCCUGGCAGCUUUCCCCCUGCCUGUCAAGCAGACAUCGUGACAAAGAUUUGAGGAUUUCCUGCAUAUGGCUUUAUUUCUGUGAAAGGGGUAUGCCAUUUCCAGCCAAUUUUUGGUUGCUGUUGCAGUUGCCAAAAGUAAGAGUCUAUAUGGGAGUCUUCCUCCCUCCCUCCCUCCCUCCCUCCCUCCCUCCCACACACCAUGCAUGUUUUAAAAAGAUUGGAAUAAUAACACACCCCCGGGAGCAUUUUCUGAACAUCCCCAGUGUAUAUGACCCCAAUAUUACUUGCUCAGAAAGAGAUCUUCUCCUGCUGGAGAAGAAUUCAGGUUUAAGCUGUUGGAAUCUUAGAUAACCAGGUUUGGCACUGGGUGAAAGAAUCCUCAGGACAAUUUUCUAUGUGGCCUUGAAAUGAAUCCGUGGCCUGUCUCUAAUAAUUUCCAAUAAGUGUAUCUUUCUGGCACAAGCACACAGACAAAUUUGGAUAGGCAGAGUUGGUGUGGCAAAGAGUGCAAGCUGUGAAAUGGGAUAUUCCCACCCCCCUUCAGAUCCUACCCAGCUGCAAACUUGCAAGAUCGCAUUAAGAUUAGGGUAAUAUGCAGUUCCCUCAGCUUUUCUCUGCAAUAUUCAGAGUGAGGGGGUAAUAAUAUUGCUGGCCUUUGAUUCAGAACUGUUAUAAAUGAUUCUGCAAUAAUAGGUGGGGAGGGUGUGUGUGCAGAAUGCUUGAGAUGUGCUAUUAAAAUGCUAAGUAUGGUUAUGCUAGUAUUUGGGCACAGGCGUUGCAAGUUGGACACCUAUGCUGGGUGAGCAACCAGGAGCAGGCUGAAGAUAUGCUAUGGUACAGAGGUGGAGCACUGACCAUUUCUUGGGGCAUGGGGGGGGCACCUUGUUGCAAGGUAGUUGCUGGGAUGACCAGGGACCAAGAAGCUAUUUGACACACGGCGCAUACUGCUUUCAUGGCCUGCUGCUUUGUGACCGUAUUUCAGCUUGUGUGCUUUAGGUUGUCCAGGAUAACAGCGAACACCUCCAUUUACUCAAACAAAGCUCUCCCUAAGGAGUUAUUCAAGGCCCUUCUCUACGGCAGUGUACAUAAUCUUUUUGAAUAGAUGACCGGGGGUGGGGAGGCUGAGCCACAUCCUUCUUCCAGCUUCCACUUUUGCCGGAGAGCAGCACUGGCUGACUGAACUGAUGACUCCUUAAGCCUGAUUAAUUUUUUUCCAUCAUCAUUUUGAAAUAUAGAGCAUGCCAACCUCCCCGUUCAAGGACUCAGUAAAUCCAUUCGUGUCAGGUUCCAUUGCUUUCUACUAUGUCACCCCUUGCCUUUGACGGGUUGGGCUGAAAUCUUUGCAGUGCAGCAUUUCUGCAAGGAGGCAGAUGAGUAAAUAAAGCUUUAACAAUGCUAUCAUAGUCAUAAAAUCAUAGAAUUGCAGAGUUGGAAGGGACCACGUGGGUCAUCUAGUCCAACCCCUUGCAAUGCAGGAACCUUUUGCCUAACAUGGGACUCAAAACCACAAUCCUGAGAUUAAGAGUCUCAUGCUCUACCAGCUGAGCAGUGUUGGUGAAUAUGCCCCAAAUUGCUGCUGUUACUCACUUUUUACUUAUCUAAAAUGUUUCCUUUUCUCUCCCCACCCACUAGAUUACCAUUCCCCUGAACUAGCAAAAUGUCUGCUUUUUUAUAAAAAGUUGUAUCUCAGUAUCUCAUAAUAAGUCUCCUUGACUUCUGAUGUUGCUUGCAUCCCAAUUUGCUAAUCUUCCCUGAUGUCACAGCAGGCAUAUGUGCAUUGGGGUGUGGGAAAGGUUUCAUAGUGACUUGCCAGUGGUUUACUUGCUGUGAUUCACAGCAAGGCUGAGCCACUUGGGAUCAGGCACUUGGACCUUUGACUGAAUCCUAGCUCCAGAAGUAACUUUUUAAUUAAAUGCAACUCUUUCAUUUCUGUCUAAAUGCUACAGGCUUUGGAAUAAGAUUCCUUGUUUGCUCAGUCAGAGCCUGAAGAUGAAAACAGAGAGAUGGCACUUGCUGCUUGUUUGACUCUGAAAUUUAAAAACCAGCAUUAGCUUCAAUGGCACUACAAGCAGGACAAGUUAUGGCUAAUGUUUUGUGAUACUCCAUUUCAAAUGUUCACAGAGCAGGGAACAGGCCUGAGCCUACAGUUCCAAUUCCUGACCUCCACACAUUCAUCCAUAGAUCUGAAUAAAGUACCGCUGGGUCAAAGUAUCACCCACAAAUUUGGUGUAAAAUGUGGAGGAUUGGGUUUUUGUUGGGAGUGAAAUGCACCAGUGUACCAUGGGCAGGGUUGGGUUGUGGUGGCUCAGUGACUGCCCCAGGAUUGUAGAGAUGAACGGAGCCAUACUCUGGUCUCUGUCACUAGCCAGGUCAUCAAGAUUGACUGGGACCCAGCACCCCGGCUUCCCAGGAAAAUCAAGCAUAGCUGCCUCAAUGGAUACUUUCCUCUUUUAACUACAUUUCCCCCUCUUUUGUGUAGUAUCUAUUAGAUUGUGAUAUUUAAGGGAAACAUGCCUUAUCUUUUCAUAUAUGUACAGCCCAUAGAAAACUUUGGGUGCCCUAUAAGUGAAUAAUAAUAAUAAUAAUAAUAAUAAUAAUAAUAAUAAUGUCCGCAGCACAGGAAGACUUCUAGUGCUAUGCUCCAGCCUAGCACCAGAAAUUUAGGCAAGUAUCCCUGCACUGCCCAGAUGGUUGGGCAAUGCUUGCUGUCACUGGUAGAGAGUGAGCAUUGUACAAUCACCUAGGCAACAGAGGGCCAUUUUGUCUCCUCAUGUCACUGCCCCAGAAGCUAGGCAAGCAUCCCUGGGUUGCCAGGCAACUGUGCAAAGCUCACUCUCUUCUGGCAAGAAGGACCAUUGCACAGCUUUUUAUGCAAUGCAGGGAUGCCUAAUGUCCAGAGCCAUGGGAGGUGGAGACUCACAGUGGAAGCAGGCAGUGACUGGAGCUAGUGAAAUGUGGGCAGGUAAGAACAGGACCUUGGACAGCUCUGAAAGCCAGUAGCAACUGUAGAUGUUGCCUCUGCAGGGAGUUGGUGCCACGCGAAGCCUUAUGUAAGCAGACAAAACCUGGAGUGCGGUAGGCCUUGCCUUGCAGGAGUUGUGAAAGGGGAAUCACCUCAAGGCAGCAGAGACAGAGGUACUAUAAAGGACUCAUCCCCUGAGUCAGAGAAUGCUGGCAGGGCUGUGGCUUCUGGUUGGGAAUGUCCUGAACAAGAUACUGGCAGAUCUUCCCCACACCCAUGAAGGAAGCAGUUUGUCAUACCCUGCAAGAACCUUGUCCAAGAAAUAUGACCCUCUUGCUGAGAGUGGCCAAACUCUGAUUUGAAGGCUUUCUUUUGGGUUAAAAAGGAUGAGGGGAAUCCUUGGCCAUCUCAUAACACCCCACCUCGACAGUUCUUAGAAUUCCAUUCUACCUCUGAAGAUUAAUCCAAUCUUCAGAGGGUGUGUCCCCCCCCCCAGCCCAGCUUAUAAAAAUCACCAGACCCAGCACUCCUUAUGACUAAACAGAUAAGACACCACUAAAACCGACCAACCGUAUAAGAACAACAACUGCUAUUUUUAUGGAACAUAAAACAGCAUUAUGCCUAAAGAUGAAAAAGAACAAUAAAACAUUUUAACUCUGAAGAUAAGAUACGAGAAGACAAUAAAUAAAAUGCCUUGUAAAUCACCAAAAAGGGUUACUUCUAACAGAACUUUGUUUGCAUUCCAAAGCACUAUCGAAGUUUUCAGGUUUCCCUCCAAUUCAUUAAAAAAUGGUCUAACAACAAUAACAACAAUAACAAUAAUUUUAUUAUCUAUAACCCGCCCGUCUGGCUGGGUUGUCCCGGCCACUCUGGGAGGCUUCCAACACAUAUAAAAACAUAAUGAUAUGAAUACACCAUUUAAUCUUAUUCAUAACAGCAAGAUCUUCUUAGUUGACUUCAUCACUGGUAAUGAAGUGAAGUUGCUAGAACAGGGAUGAGGAGUUUGUGGCCCUCUGAACAUGGUGGGGACUCCCAGCUUCUCCCAGCAAGCAAGACCCAUUCUCAGGGAUGAUGGGAGUUAGUGUUCAACAGCAUCUGGAGGUGGUCCCCAUCCCUGGGCUAGUGAUGGUUGAGAUAUAGGAAACCCAGCUUCAAAAACCCCAGUCGGCCAUGAAGUUGACAAAAUGGUCUCUUGAUACGGUUGUUGUUCGGUUGCCCAGAUCUAUUUGGAGAAAAGAGCGAAUGGAAACAUACAAAUAAACUACAGAGCUGAUGAUUGUCUGGGGUGUGUGUGUGUGUGUGUGUAUAAAAUCAAGUUAAUCUGUUCAUCUGGUUCUUAAUAUUAUGGAUUUAUGUUGAUUUUUUAUAAACCACCCUUCUCUUUCUUUGUGGGCAUCAAGGAGCAGACCGUUUCUAUGACAACAUUGAGGAUAUGAUUGGCUACCGGCCAUGGCCCUUGGUUAAAGUGUGCUGGCUCUUUCUCACACCUGGAGUUUGUCUGGUAGGUAGAUUGUAUCUUUUGUGCCGUGUUUUAGGUCAUUAAUGCAUCUCUGAAUGAGGAUGAAACAUUGAAUUUUCCAUGAGGAUUUCAGUAAAGAACUUCUUGUUCUUCUGUUGCAGUGUUGCUGAAGUAACAAUGUAAUUCAGAAUACUAAUAACAGAAUAAAACUUCAAACAUUAAAAACUACCCUAAACAUGGCUGCCUUCAGAUGUCUUCUAAAAGUCAGAUAGUUGUUUAUUUCCUUGACAUCUGAUGGGAGGGUGUUACACAGGAUGGGCACCACUACCGAGAAGGCCCUCUGCCUGGUUCCCCGUAACCUCUUCUCCCAGUGAGGGAACCGCCAGAAGGCCCUCAUUACCCCUGCUUAUUGGCCAUACUAGCUGGGAAUUGUAGUCCACACCAUCUGGAGGGCGCCAGGUCAGGAAGGGCAGCCCAAGAGGAUCUUCACAACCACCUCUCCAUGGGCUACCAUGACUCAAGUGCAGUGUGGGUUGUCUUCCUCUCCACAGCUUAAAUCAUUCUGCUAUGAAGUAUCAAGUUAUAAAUAUCAGUAUACAGCUCUUUUCCAGAGUUAUCGUCUCAUUGCACUUAGCAUAGCAGUCAUGCUUUCUGCUUUUGUCUUCUUCAGGCCACCUUCCUGUUUUCACUCAUUAGGUACACACCACUCACGUAUAACAAAGUAUACGAAUAUCCGCCAUGGGGUAUUGCUGUGGGCUGGUUGAUGGCGCUGUCCUCUAUUAUCUGCAUCCCGUUGUACGCUGUGUUCAUCCUCCUGAAAACCAAAGGAUCAUUAAAAGAGGUAAAAGAAAAUGAGGCAUUUCUAAGGUCACAGAACUUUGGUUUGCUAUUGGGUAGGGCUGUUCACUGGCUUGCAAGAUGUGGAAUUGGCAGCUUCGGUGAUUUUUACUGUAGUACAGAAAGUCAGAAUGGCCUUGGUUUGCUGUGUCCCAAAAUAAUUGGGUGUUAGUGACAUCCUAAGCCAUGAAGCAAUGCUCUGGUUAUUUCAGAGGACCUAACCCUGAAUUCUGCUUAAUUGCAAGCAUUCCUUUUUUAUAAACUUAUUAGCAUAUUUAAAAGCAUACCUGGCUUGAUAUACAUGCAGUUCCGCAUGAACAGCAGAUUGCCACCAUACAUUGGAUUGAGUAUGGCAGACCAAGAGCCAUAUGCAAAGCCCUUGUUGGACCGUUACACCAAGGUAAUGGCCAAUCUGUUUGGGGAAAGGAAGACCCCUAUACAACAGGAAUCAUGCCAAACUAUGGUUUAGGAAUGUUUACUCUGCUUUUGGGUAAUGUGUGAAUGGACAGAUCAUUGUUUGUGAUUUGUGAUGUUGAUGUUAUUUAUUUAUUUAUUUAAUAAAUGUUUAACCCACCUUCAACACCCCAAGUUGUUAAAAACCCAAUCUGAAAGUCAAGUUAUUAAAAUCUGAUUGGCAAACUUAAAUCAGAGACCGUGGUUUGAAGUCAGUUGGCAAACCAAGGUUUGUCGCAGCUAUGGCUUGAUGCGGUGUCUGAAUUGACAAAUUACAGCUCUAAAGGCUGGAGUGCCGUGUAGAUGAGAGCAACCAAGAAGUUCUAAACUAUGAUUUGCUUGCAAAUUUGGAACAGGGGUGGGCAACCUGCAGACCUUGACCUAAUUUUAUGCAGCCCUGAACCUUGGGGGAGGAAAAAUGGAGAAAGGAGUCCAAAUUAGCGGAGUGAUGGAAAGAUGAGAGGGGAAAGCUCUCUGCAGGCGAUCAGUUCAUAACUCUGGCAAGAAUGAUCUGUCUAGUCCCCAGCUACCUGUUGGCAGGAAGUGGGAGGGAAGGGAAAUGGGGUGGGGGAGAGGUGGCAGAAAGAUAGAGUGAGAAGGGGCAGCCCUGCCUGCCUCUGGUGUUAUCUGCUCCCACCACUGGCAUGAAAUCCCUGGCAGACCACUGCAGAGAGAAUGAGGCCUUCAACAGAAGAAAGUUCCCUCACCCCGAUUUGAACCCUUGCAGCUUGUUCUGGGGUUCUUAAACAAUGCUUCAUACAAACCACAGUUUGAUGUGAUGUCUAAAUCGAGCCGUUGACUUUUAAUCUUGUGCAUUUUUGGUGCAAGAUCAUUGUUGUUGGCUUGCUGGAAACUGCAGCUUUUGGAAUGACAGAUAAUUUGAAAAGGAUGAAAUGCAAUCUUCUAGGCACACACCUCGUUGGGUGGUGCGUCUGCGUGUUUUCUGGUGAGGCAAUUUAAGUCGCAGUGACAAGUGGCUGGGAAAUCUCACACACUAACACUGAAGAGAAUGAACUUUGCAGAGGGUGCCCUUCCUAGUGCUCUGACCUCCGGGAAGGUGAUGUUGUGCCCUCAGGCCCUUGUUUACUGACUAGGGAUUCUAACAUAAUGAGGAAUGACAGGCUGUAGGCCGGCGCUGAUUUAAUGUCCACCUCAGGUGGACAAGUUGUGAGGCAAAGCCCUGGACUGGGAAGAAAAGGAAGGGGAGCCUUGAGGAAAACACACAGAUGAGGCAAAGGGCACAAACAAAUGAAAAAUAUGCAGUGGGAAGGAAAGAUCAGAAAUAUUGCAUUAUAAAAAGACCUCACUGUUUCCAGUUGGGUGUAUCCACAGCUACAUGAAGUACAAUGACCCUUUUUCUUGUGUGUGAUGACGAGGGCACCUACCUGAAGGGGAACAAGGGAUGUGGCUCACUUGUUGACAGGGAGUGAAUUGCUAGUGGAGUUUUUGACAGGUGGACAACUUUUUGUUUGGAGAGGGAAAGCAAAGGUGUGUUUUCAGGAGGCAAUUUGGUUCCACCUUGAUGUUGCCUUUAACACCUUUGAAGACAGCUGCACCAUUUCCAGUCAACUGUGUUGACACAGCAUGCCUCAUACGGUCAAAGUGGAAUGAAAAGGAAUAUUCUUUGUUCUCUGGAGGUUUCAAUUCACUGCUACUGAGGUAUUAACUGUAAGAUCUUUAAAUUAUCUUUAAAUGUAUUGUCUUCAAUAUGCAGUACUUUCCUGUCUUCAAGUCAUAACAUGAUGAGCUUAGCGAUGUGAAUAUCUCCAUUGUUGAGGAUCGCACUCAAAAUGAAUAAUAAUAAUUGCCAUAAUUUAAUAGGUUUCUGAGCCUCUUUUCUCCUUGCAACACUCUAACAGCGCAGAAGUAAGUCCUUUUGAAUUCAGUGAGGACUACUCCCUGGCAAAUGGGGUUAGGACUGUAGCCUUAGUGAUUUCCAGAAAGUAAAAACCAUGUGAAAUUGACAAUUCUUAAUUUACACACUUAUUAUGGAGACAUUGAUUUACUGGCUAGCUACAAAAGAGGAGUGCAAGUGUAGCUACCUGGCAAGUUACAGCUGCUGAAAUUCUCUCUUCUACACAACAAGGACCAGAAAGUGGCCAAUAUAACUCCAUUUAAAGGUGGGGGGAGGAUCCAGAGUCGAAUUUGGGAAGUUACAGGUCAAUUACCUUAACAUCUGUUCUGGGAAAGCUGGUAGAAAGCAUAAAUAUAGAAUUACCAAGCACACAGAAAAACAAGUCUUGCUGUAGCAAAACCAGCAAGGCUUCUGUAAUGGUAAGGUCUGUCUUACUAACCCAGGCAUAGGAGACCUGUGGGCCAUGGGUCUUACUAGGGCCACCAGGCCUCUGAAUUGGCCUGCCAAGCCAUUUUGGGCAAACCACACCUACCAGUCAUUCACCUGACAUCAGGGAUGGAGAUAAGACAUUUAUUAUCUUCGCUCUUAGCACUGAGCACCAUAGCUCUAAGAUCAGAGAUAAGCUUCUGACUUCUUUUUGACAAUGAAUUGUCAAAGUUCAGGCAGCACCUGCAAUCUUAGUGCUGUGAGACCACACCGCUAAGAUAAGAAAUAGGUCUCUGCUGUCCUUUUACCAUCAAAGAGCAACCAGAGGCACCACAUAACUUUAAGUCUAGGGUUGCCUUUCCUCAGGUUAGUUCUAGAGAAGAAGAGUUUGGAUUUGAUAUCCUGCUUUAUCACUACCCGAAGGAGUCUCAAAGUGGCUAACAUUCUCCUUUCCCUUCCUCCCCCACAACAAACACUCUGUGAGGUGAGUGGGGCUGAGAGACUUCAAAGAAGUGUGACUAGCCCAAGGUCACCCAGCAGCUGCAUGUGGAGGAGCGGAGAUGUGAACCCGGUUCACCAGAUUACAAGUCCACCGCCCUUAACCACUACACCACACUGGCUCUCGGGCACAGUCAUUUAGGCUAUCUAGCAAAGUUACCUCUUUGUUUAUGUGAACAAAUAUUUACCAGUCUAUGUGAAGGUAUUGGUGCAUUAUUACAUUUCCUCUUAUGGAUGCUUCCUUAGUUUCAUUCAGCAUCUCAGGAUAACUCCGGACAUUUAGUGCAGUCGUACCUUGAAAGUUGAGAAGCUUAGUUCCUGAACGUUUUGGCUCCCGAAUGCCGCAAACCCGGAAGUGACUGUUCUGGUUUGCAAACUAUUUUUGGAAACCGAACGUCCAGCGGGGCUUCGGCGGCUUCUGAUUGGCUGCAGGAGCUUCCUGCAGCCAAUCAGAAACCACACUUUGGUUUUUGAACGUUCUAGAAGUUGAACAGACUUCCAGAAUGGAUUUUGUUGUACUUCCAAGAUAUGACUGUAUGUUCCCAGUACUAACUUACUCUUUGCUCCAGGUAUUACCAUCCACAGUGAGUAUGUGGAUGAGUCUGCGCUUUUGGGGGCUUUCUAGCUUGUAUGUCUUUGACAUACAUAUUGGUGUCUCCUUCAUACAUAUUGGUGUCUCCUUCAUUAUGCCCUCCCUUGUUCUUCCUAUAGACUUUUAUCUCGAGAUAAGUGCCCUCCACUGUUCCUGUCACUAUUCCCCCAGGUUUCUGCUGUGCUCACUAUAUCAUCUAUCCUUUCCUUUAAAAUCAAGCACUUCAGCUCACCCAUCUCAGCUUGGAGUCUUCAAGCGUUAGUACAUAAACACCUGCACACGAUGUGUCUUUAUGUCUCUGCCAUAGGCAUUUUGCCCUACGAUGCUCUGGCUUCUUUGAAUCAGCCUCUGUUCCAGCUGGCUGUGGAACUGCAGUGCCUGAGCAGCAUUAAAGGGCCCUGGUGUGGAAUCAGCUUAAGACAAUAAAAAGAAACCACAGCACCAAUAACCCAAGAAAUAGGCAGCAUUAAACCAUUUGUACUGGAUUGCCUUGUUGAUUUCAGUUUAUUGUCGUAGCCAAAGGCCAUAACAAAUACCACUGAAUAUAGUUAGCAUGCACAGAUGGGGGAAACAUUACCAAACAGAACAAUUAAAUAUAUACAAAUGGAACAAAUAUCAACUCUCCCCACUUUCUGUUCUAAUAAAAUUAAAAUAAUAAAGAUUUAUCUUUUAAAAGAAAUCAUUUGGUUCAGAGCAAUUCUUGCACAACUUUUAAUUAGGUAAAACAAAACAAAUAUUAUUAUUUUUUUAAACACCCCAGUGCAACACAUCCUAGCAGCAAGAUGAUCUGGUUUGCCAAGUUACUUAAUUCCACCAGAAAUGAAAUCCAGGCCUUUAGGAAACUCAGAAAAGCAAGAGGAGCACCAGUUUUGCCCUUCAAGCUUAAUUUCUGAUAUUAUCUGGAUCUCAUAACAGGAAAGCUAAUAUUUUCUUCUAUCAUUCAAGUAGCUUAGAAAAAUAGUAAAAACGAAACAAAACAAAAAAAUGCAAUUCUUAAAGUACAACCGGAUGAGAACAGAGUUGUCAUAACGAUUCUUUUAACAAUAAAUGACAUUGAGAAGGUCAUUGUGAAGAACAGCCACCAAUUCAAAUAGAUACACAUAUCCAGUGUUUAUAGCACUAUUCACCUGGCCAUGGGGGGCAUCACAACCUCUCUUUGUGCUUUGUCACAUGAUAGAUUCAGAUUUGAAGAAAAUCUCCUAGGGAAGUAUUUGAAUGGACCAGCUGUGAAAAUACAGGCAGUGAAGAACUAGUGAGAAACCCAAGUGCCAUUUAUAUUUAGCAGGGGCAGAGGAUCUCUCCCCCCCUGCAGGCAUCAUUCCAGUUGUGGUCGGGGCUAGAGGCAAAAGUGGGCGGUGCAAUGGAUGGGAUUCUUACAGGAGGCUACAUUCCACCCAUGCAGAAGUCGGAUGUUUCUACCUUCCUAUAUAGACACAUAUUACUCUCCAUCCAGACAAGCAAAUGGCAUUAUAAUAGUACAAGGACAUAUUCCAGCUAGGCAAAAGCACUUGAGGAGAGUGCAGAGCAGGGGGCAAUGAAGGGCAUGGCCAGGGAAGUGGCUGUGGCUUAGGGGGAAUCCUGAGGACCAGGAAAAGAGGCCUGCAGAGCUGCACUUGACCAAGUGGAGAAGUGGAACCUUCUUGGAGCAGCCUAGGCUGGCUGAUUAGCUCCUGCUAUUGCUUUAUUCAUUUAUUUACAGCAUUUUCAAACCAACACUUUCUCUAGAGGGUUUACAGCUAGGAGUGGACUAAAUAGGCUGAUUCCAUCUGCAUGCAGUUUUGCUGGCAUUUAAUGUUCCAUUCCUCUUUGUGUGGAGUAUUUUUUAAAAGAGCACAUGAAAAGCCCACAUUGAAAUUGGGCACAUUUUCUAUGUGCUUUGUACAUAAAACACACAUUUGCAAUGUUUUUCAAUGCAAAAUAGGCAUAUUUAUGUGAAAUACAUAUUCCCCCCCCACAUGUGUUUUGCACACUGAAGCUGUGUUGCAAAAUCUGUGAGCAUAUGGGGCUUCGGGGCUCAAUUUUGAUAGGUGGGCAGGUCCAGUAACAUACCAAUCACCUUACACCACAGGGCAUCACCGUCAGAGGCAGUAAUGCUUCUGAAUACCAGUUGCUGGAAGCCACAGCUGUUGCACUGAGGUCCUGCUUGCAGGUUUCCCAUAAGCAUCUGGCUGGACAUUGUGAGAACAGGUUGUUGGGCACUGCCUUUUACUGAAUCGAACCAUUGCUCAAUCUAAUUUAGUCUUCCCUAUACUGACUGGCUGACCUGCCAACCUAGCAGUUCGAAAGCACACCAGUGCAAGUAGAUAAAUAGGUACCGCUCCGGCGGGAAGGUAAAUUGCGUUUCUGUGCGCUGCUCUGGUUCGCCAGAAGUGGCUUAGUCAUGCUGGCCACAUGACCCGGAAGCUGUACGCCGGCUCCCUCGGCCAAUAAAGCGAGAUGAGCGUCGCAACCCCAGAGUUGGCCACGACUGGACCUAACGGUCAGGGGCCCCUUUACCUUUACCUUUAUACUGACUGGCGAUGUCUCUGCAGGGUUUCAGGCAGGAAUCUUUCCCAUCCAUACCUGGAAGCACCAGUGAUUGGACUUGGGACCUUCUGCGUGCCAAGCAGUUGCCCUACAGUUGAGCUACAUCCCUUCUGCUACUUUCCUCUUACUUUAUGCUAUAAAGUGUGCACCACGUUGGCGUUACUGAAAGUCACUUUUUUUACAUGGGUUUGGGAGGAGGAAGGGGCCUCAUACUUUGAGUCAAUCCCAGAAAUGAUUUAAAACAACAACAACCUACACACUUUGCAGCAAACUGCAUUUCUGUGAAUUUCUUCUCAUCUUUGAAAAGUUUUGAAAAAUUAAAUGAUAAAAAAAACCCUUUCAGUUAACAGCCCACUCCCUUGCUGACAUAUCAUUCUGAUUUGGUGCCUUCUGCUCACAUGAAGAAUUCUCGAUUUAUUAUGUUUAGAAGGCUUUUGUAGAAACAUCAGAGUAACUAAUUAACUCCAGGAAACACUUUCAAAAAUGAAAGCAUUUCUUUUUGCUUCUGGGAUUUCAGUAACGAUAGGAACAGGCAGGCAUAUGUACUUUCCUGCCAUCAUAUUUUUCAAACUCCUCUCAGCGAUCUUGAGGGCUAGAGACUUCAUUAAACAAACAAACAAAAAAAGAGAACUGAGAUUCUUAAGGCUUCAUCACAAGCUUCCAGGCCUCACGUUGCUCACCGCAGCUGGGUUAACCAGUGCUUCAUGAAUCAGAGCAAUGUACCCAGUUCUGAAUUGUGAAGUGCCAAGGUUAAUUAACUUUGCAAAACUCCCAGAUGCAAAUUCUGACAUUUAACUGACCUAUGCUAGCACAUGCUUUUAGUUUAAGGAAGUGAAGAGUGCUGUUUUCCUCUACUGUUUUAGACAGGUACUUCCUAUAUGUCUGUGUGGCAUCUUGAGUCUCGGUCUGAGCAAAAGGCGGGAUAUUAAUAUUACUAGUAUUAAUAAUAAGUGGAUGCUCUUGCCAUGGCACCAGAUUGGGCCAGAUCUUGAGCAUUCUAUCAAAAAGAGAAAGCAACUCCACGGGACUGAAAAAAAUUACACUGUAUUAAGUGAUUCAGCAUUUCUGUAUUCCAUAGUGGGGCAGCUAAUCUGCAUUGGCAUUGCAGUGAGCAUAGGAGUCCCCUGCUCCUUAAGUUGAUGGCUGGAGUGGACUGCUACUGCUUGAAAUGAUGGUUACAAAUAAGCUGUUCGAGGGCUUGCUCUGGAGGAAAGGCAGGCAGUGCAGCAGCCUGAAAAACGUGAAGCUUAGGAAGGUUCAGCACAGCCAGCAGUGGCUUGUGAGGCUGGUGGGUGGAGGCGGCAGCGUCCUUCCAUUGGCAGCUUUGCACUUGUCUUGGGGCAAGGCAAGAGAGUGAGAUCGGGGUACUCCAGGUGAGAAUGUAUCUGUGGGGCUGCUGCCAUUCCAACCCUCUCCCAGCCUUGUCCCAGCACACUCACCAAGAGGUCACCAUUACCACCAUCGCCAGCCGCAAGUAGCACAGGGGAGGAAUUUGAUUCAGGUUGCAUUUAAAGUCCAUCUAUCGCUAUGCACUUUCUGAAAUCAAAAGCAACUGAAACACAGCCAACCUGUAUUUCAAGCCAAACAUAUAUUUACUUGGUUAACAUAAGGGUAGUUGAAGCUGUCCAUUAUCACAAGCAGAGAUACUGCUCUGGCCUACUGAAUCUAAUGCUGGAAAAAGGCGGAUUAGCAUCCUGUUCUGCUGCGGGUUGGGGAGCACGGAGGAAGUGGCAAUGCAUUUUAGAAUUUCAUCCAGUGAGUCAUGUCUGAAACGAGGCAAGUCAGGACCCUGGUCAGCUCCCAUGGGGCCCUGCUACUUGAGUUGGCGAGAUGUCUCAGCUAACAAAGCUAUAAAAAGGCUAGCAGGGCCUGUCUUUCAAAUGUCUCUGUCCCCUUGGCAGAGCUGUUUGCAUUGUUUUAAAGGGCCUGUGACCUAGUCUGCAGCUGCAUGCUCCUGUGGAGCAGUUCCAGGGGAAUCACCUACUACUUCACACCGUUCUUCUGUCAUUCAUCCAGACAAACAAGAAGCAUUAUCAGAGUUUGAGGACACAUUCCAACCAGGCAAAAACACUCCACUGUGGGGUGUGGCUGGGGGAGAGGGGUGUGGCUGAGAAGGUGUGACCUAGGGAGUGUCCCAAGGACCAGAUAUAGAGGUUGGAGGAUCACACUUUGAGGUGUCCCAGGAUGCUUUGCUGUUCUCCCCAAACCUGUGCCAACCACAGUACCUAUCCACUGAUCUGUAAGCACUGCUGAAUGUUUAUUGGGCUCUACCACAUGGCGACAAAAAGUGAGCCUAAAGGCAAAAUGGAUCAGAAUGUUACGUUGUUUCCCUUCUGCUCUUUUAGAUGUGUCUUCCAAUAAUCAUGCAUUAGAAUGUACAAUGGAUUUGCUCAUGGAAUGUCUUUGCCCAAAGCAAUGGAUACAGAUGGCUAUUGAGUGGUUGUCUGUCUAACAGCUAUAUUGACAGCUACAUUGUCUGCUCCCUGCUUGUCUUUCUACAGCGGUUACGCCAGCUCACUUCUGCAGCAGAGGACUUGCCCCAGCCCAAGAAGCACCUGAUUGCCUUAUCUGGACAGUACUUCAAGCCCGGAGGUCAACAUCCAUGCAAGGAUGUGCUCAUCACCACAGAGAAGGAAACCAACUUCUAGACCUCCCAGGGAAGAACUUCUUUACCUUCUGGAGACAUCUCUCUUUAUUUCUUUUGUCUUCUGCAUACAUCUGGGAUGAGUUGCUGCUCAGGGUCUCUUAAGAUGCCAGCACCUUCUUCCCUUUACAUUUACUUAGCAUACAGACUGGAAUAGGGCCAAUGGAACAGUCACUGUACAGGUGAAAAAUUGUCUGUGAAGGGUCCAGAGCUCAGAGGAAUCCUGAAUUCCUGUUUACUGAUAGUGCUAGGGGGUUGCACCUGGCAUGUUGUGCGUGCAACACAGGUGCUUUAACCACUGUGCUAUACACUCCUUCCUGUUUAUAAGAAAUAAAUUAGCAGCAAGAUGUUGGAAAAGACAGUGAAUAAAGCUAGCCAGUUCAAGUUCCCAGUGACUUCCUGAAAGUUUCUUCCACUGCUGGCUUAACUCCUUGGCAAAAACAUUUCACGUUCCUUAAACACCUGAAUCUUCAUCCAUAUCUGCAUGACCUAACUGCAGGAAUUGUAGCAAAUUUGGUGGAUUACUGUUGUGUUGUUUUUAAAUUUAAAAUUCACAAAGAUCUCUGCUGUAGGUGAGAUUCCUUUUUUGUUUUUAUCUUAAGAAGAGUGGCAACAAUCCUCAUUUGGAUGUAGAAACCAGAGCUUGAUCACUCAGCCUCUCCCAUUACGCAGGAGGCCCUGGAGGGGGGAAAGGCGAUAAAUUGGAAGCAAGAUGAGUUUGUCAGAAAAAGAGCAUGUCAAAGCCACUUAAGAUCUUUCUCUUUUUUCCCCUUUGAGAAGAGACUAGUGCAGAAAGGAAAUGGAGCAGGCAGACAGUAUUUCAGCUUGAAUAUCCAUUGUUUGAUUCAGCUCUGUGUGACAUCCUUGAGUUGCUGGAAAAACCUGAGAAAUGCAAGUUGAAUGCAACUGCCAUAUAAGUAAAUGCCAAAACUGCAUUAGAAGUGCAGGACAGUCUGGAUCAUAUAGGAGAUAACAAAGCUGAAGUCUCUGACCGCAUGAUGCUAGCUUAGCAUUUGUGAUACAGAGGUUGGCAUAUGGUCUGUGGCACAAAAUAAGAGGUAGUGGGGGUGGGAGGGAAAUGGAAGACGCAACAAGCUAGAAAAUCAAUUUCUGCGCACAGAGUCCUGGUUUGCUUUCAUUUAUUUCUUGUGUAAAUGUUCACUACUAACCAAGGUCAAUUCAAUAUCCUAAACACCAAGAGGGAACUCUUUUUGCAUUGUGAAUGUUGUGGCUGCAGCUAGGGAUGUUGGAGAAUUCUGACGAAAAUGGAAACAGGAGCGGAAAUUGCCUGUGUUUGUUUAUUUGUCCCAUGUCCGGAAAUCCAUUGAGUAUGAUCAGUAAUUGCUGCUGUUGUUGCUUUCAGCCCUCAAAUGAUAAGCAAUUGAUUCCAACCCUUCUCUCCCAUAUUUGCAUUGUGUUUCCUUUGUAUUCCUUGCAGAAUUUUGGAGAAGAGCAAAAGAGUUAAAGGUUUACUGCAUCUCAGUUUGCCUAUUGCUUCAAGGAGUGUGAAUUACAUAAACUUGGCUUAAAAUGCAAGUGGAGCCAAAUUUCACCUCCACCCCUAGAUUGGGCAAGGUGUGCUGUCUCAGUAAUGGAAAGGCCGGUCCUGAAAUGGUCAAAUCAUACACCACGAAUGUCAACAGGAGACAGAUGUGGAGCCAGGGUCCAUUUCAGCACUUGGAACUCCUUGACCAGUUGUUGAGAGCCCAGUGCCGGGUAGGGCACACCAGCACUAACACCUACCUCUGGCCCUCAUGUCAGGUAUAUGGGUCUGUGAGUCACCAUUCACGUUUCCCACAAUGGCCCAGAACAACUGCCUGUUUCUUGUUCUGCUAUGGCAAAACUUAUGCACACUUACCUAGGACAAUCUCUUCAAAUGUUCAUAGGAUCUGUUUGUAGACAAUAGUUUGAUCCAAUGCAGCGCUAAGUUGAAGUCUCUUAGUGGUAUACUUGUUUCACUGGAAAAAUGUGUUGCACCAAUGGAGCACUGAGAGAAUGCAUAAGCAGCUUGCUGGUAACUUUGUUGUACAAUAGACUGUGCAGUCUCGUAUGGAACAAGUUUCUGCUAGCACAAUUGUCGCAGUAGAUUCCUCUGUUGCAUAACAUUAAAACUCAGCCACCCACUUGCACAAGUACCCUUGCGCUAGUGGACAGAAAACACUGAAUACAGCCCAUAGAAAUGAUGUGCUCAUCAGUGUUUUGAUCUGUCAGGUUUUUUUCCACCAGCAGAAGUUAUUCCUAAUUUAAAGUGUUCAUCAGCAACUUGAAUGUUCAUAAAAAGCCAUCUAACUCUUGUUUACAGCAUUUGUGUGUACAGAAGACAUCCCAUAAAGGAUUGACAAGUGGUUUAUCUUACUCUGCUCCCUAGCAGCCUGGAAUGCAGAAAUGAAGCAACUGAAGUGUUUCCUAUCACUUUGGGCCAAUUCCCAGUCUUCAGUAGUUCCUGGUAGAGUGCUACAGAAGCACAGGAGGCAAUAGGUUUGCAGCCAGGUGGUGUCCAUGCCGUUUGCCAGAAUCCUAUGCUACCACUAUUUUGCAAAUCGCAACAGCCACACAAGUCUUCGCAUUAUCUAUCCAAAUAGUGCUUCCAUCUGACAAUCUCUCAGCUGCCAGCAAUGGCCCUGCAUGUUCCUUUGGCACCCUGUUUGCAAAAUUUAACAAUUCCAAAAUACAGAUGCACUUUCACUUUCACAAGAUUAAUAUACUGUCUUCGGCUGUAUUUGAGGGUUGAUUUCAAAAAAUUCCACUGGAAAAACGGUUAUGUCCAUGUGGUAAUGACAGUAUAGAGUCAGUGGCUCAUGUGCUUCUGGCUUGCACUCUUUAUAAAGAUUUGAGGAGUGAGGUUAUUACCCCUCUAUUAUUGUCCAUGCCGGGUCGCUCAACCAUUGCUACUGUGUCCUUUCUUUUAGCAGAUCAAGAUGAUCAUGGUUGUAAACCUUCAAAAUGUAUUUUGUAUAGUUACGUUUUUACCUCUAUCUUUAGUACAUUUUGUUUUGUUUUAUUGCUAUGCCUAGUGGCCGAUGCAAAUACAGAUCCUUCUGAUUCUGAUUGUUCCAAACCAGGGAAUGCAUCAUUGGCUAAAUGUCAGGCUGCACAGGAAGAAAGAGCUGGCAACACCAGCUCACUGAGUUUUAUUUGUCAUAGAUGUACAUUUAUAUCUUUAUAUUUUUCAUAAACUUUUGUACUUAAGAUAUACACAAUAAACAGCAUUUCUUUAAUUAUGAACCAACA